CAUUAAAUUUGUUAAUGGGGAAAAAAAAUGCUUGAACCCGUGGGAACAAUUGAGCUAAUUCGCAGCACAGCUGGGAUAUGAGCAUUGUAUGUGCUCUCAGUGAAGAGUCUUAAGGUCUUUACAGUCAUGAAAAUAGAGACAGAAUAAGAGAGAGGCUUAUGAUAAUCAUUCGGUUCAUAGCAGUAAUUGAAUUACAGACAUUUGGGACACGACCGUUCAGCUCUAAUGGUUCUGCUUUGCAACAUUUUAAUUUCUGCCUGAAUUUGCUUAUUUUAUUGAAUCGGCACCUGUCAGGUGACAAACAAACACCAUGGAGCAGUCUAAAGAUUUGACAAGCUAGAAAGGUAGGCGCAGAUUGAGAAACUCAAAUCUUUUUUUUUUUUCUCUGCUGAGCUGUACGUAUAAGUUGGAUUUGCCGAGAGAUGACAGGACUUCAACAAGGUGUUCCACAGCCCAAAAAUAUCCCCGAAAUUAAUGAGAGUGGGACACUAUGGGGGAGUCCAUCAGAGCCUUGGAAUUCUGAGAUACCCACUGUGCAUGUGCAAGGAACAGACCCACUGUCUGAGGAAUACAGUGAAAAUCAGAGACUGUUACAACGUUCUUCCAGUUUCGGAAAAACUGUCAAAUUUCUCUUGCCUCCCAUUGUCAUUGAGGAUAAUGUGCUUGAAGACGAAGAGUUACAAUUUUUCCAGGAAGUCAAAGAGGUUAUGGGGCCUAAAGGUUCUGGGUUUAAUGAUCUGUUUAGCUUAGAUAAGUGGAUAGACAUCACAGGUAUGUAAAAUAUUUCAAAUUUAUAGUUUAAGGAUUAUUGCUUAAAUAGUAUAUUUUAAGUGGUCAAACAUAUGUAUGUAUAGCGUAAUCCUGGCAAAAUUUGUAAAAAUGACCAGUUUAUCUGAUAAUUAUACUUUUUGCAACUUUGUCCCACAAAAAUAAUCUCUCUUCAUAACCUUGACAGUCAAUUAUUGUAUUAUUAUUUAAGGAAAUUAUUCAAGGCAUAACAAGACUGGAAUAACAUUUCUGGUAAAGAUCAAUCCAUACUAAAAUUGAAUGAGUACAAUACUGGGGAAAAAAAUUUAUAAAUCGUUUUUUGUUUUUAACGUAUUUCUUGAAAGUGUUGCACAAGUACACCUUGAAGAGAUUUUUAGCUAGAAAUCACCAGCUUUAGGUUGUUGAGCAGUCAUGUGACCUUUCUCUCCUCAAAGAGAAGAGACUGAUGCACCACAGCUGACUCAGAAGUUCUUUAACUGGCAUUUCAAUUUGCAAUCUGCAUGCAGGAAGAUGAAUAUGAUUUAUAAUUAAUGCUGGCAUUUCAGUGUCCCUUUGCUCCCUAUCUUUGGGGGGUGAGGGGUGGGCAAGAGGUGUCUGGCCAAAACAAAUAUGCUAAUGGUGGCUGAUGACCCCAGGCUGAGACCCAGCAUUUAAGGAUGCUCUCAGUUAUAAUCACAAACUAAAAUGCUGCUUAUAUUAUAAAUCCCUUCAUCUCCUAUAACUCUGCUCACAUGCCAGUGUUGCCAGUGGCUAAGCUGCGUACGUACAGGAAAGUGAGAAUGUGGGAGUGGCUAAGGGGGUAGGUGUCUAGUGCUAAAAGCUCAAAAACAUAUCUAUGCUAUGUGCGAAGACUAUACACAUUUGAGCAUGCAAACAAAUACUGCAUGCUAUUCAGCCCAAAAGCGAUCGGAUGCAUUAAAGUUUUGUUUUCUCUUGUGCGCUUUCAAAUACUCUCUGUAAGUGAAAUGUUCAUAUCAUUAUAUAGCAGUACAUUUAAAGCAAUAGAUGGAUCAAUUGUGUUAUUUUAAAAAUUUUGCCUCCUCUGGUAUAAGAUUGAUUGAACUAUCUUAUUUUUCCUCUGCUGAGCUGUACAUAUAAGGUUAUUUACUGAUAAGUGGGGAAAUAUCCUUUUUUUUUUAACCCCUUAAGGACACAUGACAUGUGUGACAUGUCAUGAUUCCCUUUUAUUCCAGAAGUUUGGUCUUUAAGGGGACAUGUCCCAAAAUCUGCUGCCCAGUUUAUUAUUAUACAGGUACUCCUCACUUACCAACCGGGUUCCGUUCUGGUCGUAGAACGUACGAUCUGGUCGUAGAACUAAAUGGUCAGUAAGUGAGGAAUUAAGGGAUUCACAGCUCUGGUGCGCUUGUCUAUGUUUGGGGAAAUUUCCCCGAACAUAGACGAAUGCACUAGAGCAGGGCAAUUUUCUAAUCUAUGCUCAGGGAAAUGUUCUCAAACAUAGAUGAACUCAGCAGAUCAAGCAAUCUCUCUAAUUCCUAUGUUGGAUCGCACUUACCACCCCGCGAGAGAGCUGGUCGUAAGUGCGAGCCAUCGCAAAACAAGGUCCACCUGUAUUUUAAAGUUGUACAUAUGUAAAAGUGGAAACGACUUUUUCUUAUGUAUAAUUUCAGGCUGACAAAACUUGACAAAGGGUGGAGGUUUAGUGAAGCUCCAUGGCCGUUGUCAGCUUUGUGAUUUGCUGUACACACAGCUUUUCAGAGUUGCAUCACUGACAUUCUGUGUUUACUCUAGCACAAUCGCGAGAAUCAACAUAGGUCCACUGGAGGCCUUGAGGAUGCGCGUUAUCUGUCUCGCAUGCUCAAGGAAGGUCGGAAUAUGUACUUCCUGGCCAAAAGCAUCUUAGGAACACAAAGAUAGCCAACUUUGGAAAAGGUUGCCCCGGUCCCAUAUCUUUUGCAAAAUCCUGAAGCCUUUUCAAAAACAGUUUUGCGAUACAGCAUAUUUUUAUAUUCCCACAAAAAAUUCCUACUAGUAAAUCUAUUGGGAACUGGUAGUAAAAGCACAUGAUGAGAUGUGUAUAAAUGCACCUGAUAAAAAUUUUUAUUGUUAUCUUAAGUAACAAGUUUGUUAUAGAUUAUAUGAUUUGUUUGAGAUUUUUAAUCACAAAAAGAACAAAGGCUAAGCACCUUUAUAAUAAUUAAAGAUCCCAAACUAACGACAGUAAGCAAAGAGGAAAUAUAAAUUCUAUACAUGUUAAAUAUAGUUAUAUAUUUUAUGGUGAUUUCAUUUUUUUGUUUCUCAAUAUUCUCCAUUUUCAAAGCAAGGAGCUAAAUAUUGUUAUUUAUGAAACAUCUCUUAUGUACAUCUCUAUACGGAUAUGCAAAUUAGUUUCCGAUUUUAGGUAAAUAAUUUGAUGUUGGAUGCAAUUGGUAUAAUUACAAAUUCUAGGAACCCUUUAAAUGAAAUACUGAUAUAUAUAUGUAUAACAUAGCAGUGUGUGCAUUAUUUGCCGGUGUUAUUGGCCAGCUGAGGAAACAAUGGGGGUUUUUAAUAAACGCAUGUUCAUAUCUGGAACAUUUUCUUCUGAGCAGGGAGUGUGCUGUGCAUUAAACAUCCAAAUCAGAAAUUUCCUCCACUAAAAAACAUGUUCCUAUUCCUUUUUUUAGUAUUCCCACUUGACCAGGAAAUAGACACAUCCACCUCAUAAGAUGGAGGUGGAGGACUAUUCAUGAAUAGUGAAAAAUGGACAAACUAUAGACCAAAAUAGCCAAGCUAAAAAAUAAAAAAAACUUGGCUAUUUUUCCCAACUUCCACAUUAGCUCCAUCCAACUUAUAAGUGCAGUGAUAGGCUGAGAGUGCUGACGAGAGGCUAAUCCAGAGCUCUAAUCCUAUUACCGAUGGCCAAAGUUUAAGAACAUAAUUUAGAAGUUUCCUCACUUACUAAAAUUUUUGGCCUAAAAAAAAUUCUAACAUCCAUCUCCUUCUCCUGCUACUAUGGCCCUUCAUUUCCUGUGAAUAACUGUGACCGUUUAGCUAUUUAGAGGCUAUUAAUAAUUAAAUUGAAUAAUGAAUAUUGAUAUUGGUGAUAUAAUGAAAAUGAUGGAGCCUUGUACCCGGAACAUGAGUGUUUCAGAUGUAAAGUCUGAUUUAAAUAAGCAAAUGAUCUGAUCCAGAUUGUGAAAAGGUUGUAUUUAAUAUUCAUAGCUGAUACUGUCACAGCUUAAGCAGCUGGUUAAACCCCUAGUAAUCCAUAAGAAGGGAAUUUUUUUUUUUUUUUACAUAAUUCCCUAAUGCAGGAUGGUAAGGAGAGAUUAUAAUAUGAAACUGAUUUUAUUCUGGGUACAUCAUUAGAAACAGGGGGAAAAAAGGAAUAACAUAUGCAAACUUCAUUAGUAAAAAAAAGUAUUAUAAUGUUAUGUUUUGCCCUUUUUAGAGGCAUCUUUUUAAGAAGGAAAGGGAUUGUGGUACUGAUCAAAGUCAGAAGCCAAUUUAAUUUAGCAUAAGAAAUAAUGUCACCUAUCCAUUUCAAAUUUUCUACAAAGUCUUCCUGAGAUUAAUAGCUAUCAGGCUCUGCUCCGCCAUGUAGGCACACGGCACACUUAGGUUCUAACUUACAUUAUUACAUUCCUUCAUAUUGUUUGUUACCAUAAAAGAACACUCCAAAAUCAUAACCACUACAGUGUGCCUUAGUGAUUAUGGUCUUUAGAGUGUUCCUUUAAAAGUGUGGUUGUGAUCUCCGUUUUCAGAAUAAGAUAAUACAAACUAUUAUGUUGGUAUUUUUCUCAACGCUUUACUCUUUUUGAGAUUUAACAAUUUAGCCUGUUUUGUUUAACCCCUUAAGGACCAAACUUCUGGAAUAAAAGGGAAUCAUGACAUGUCAUGUGUCCUUAAGGGGUUAAAGGGACACUAUAGUCACCAAAACAACUUUCACUUAAUGAUGCAGUUUUUGUGCAUUGAUCAUGCCUCUGAAGUUUCGCUGCUUAAUUCGCUCUCAUUUAGGAGUCAAAUCACUUGUUUAUGUUUAUGCAACCCUAGCCACACCUCUCCUGGCUGUAACCGACACAGCCUGCAUGAAAACAAAUAGUUUCAUUUUCAAUCAGAUUUAACUUACAUUAACCCCUUAAGGAAGGCGGGUGUACUAUGCUGUUCUUGGGGACCCGGCUCUAAACGCCGGCGGGCGGCAUAGUACGUCCAGGGGACUUACCUGCUCGGAGUGUGCUGUGCAUUAAACAUCCAAAUCAGAAAUUUCCUCCACUAAAAAACAUGUUCCUGUUCCUUUUUUUUAGUAUUCCCACUUGACCAGGAAAUAGACACAUCCACCUCAUAAGAUGGAGGUGGAGGACUAUUCAUGAAUAGUGAAAAAUGGACAAACUAUAGACCAAAAUAGCCAAGCUAAAAAAUAAAAAAAACUUGGCUAUUUUUCCCAACUUCCACAUUAGCUCCAUCCAACUUAUAAGUGCAGUGCAGAUCCCCCACUGGCGAUCGGUAUGGGGGGACUUGCCUGGCAUCCCAGGCAAUCCCCCUGUUGCCGAUUCGGCCUUCCCGGGCCAUGUGAUCGUGAAAACCUCACAAUCACAUGGACGGAAUAGCCAUCAAUAGCAGUGCCAGCAGGGGGACUGCCAGGAAUGACAGGUAGUCCCUCUGCUGCCUGUAAUAAAGUUCAAUAAAGGUUAAUAACAGUGAAAAAUAAAAUAAUAUAUAUACUUAGAUUAUAUACACAUAUAUAUAUAUAUAUAUUUGUGUUAAGGGCUCAUGAUAGUACAGAAGAUACAAACACUGAUAAGUAUGGGAUAGUGUGAAAGAGCAAGUCGGUUGUGGUGUGCCGGAACCGACGAUGAGGUAGGCCUGUAAAUAAAGAGGGCCCACCAAUAAGAAAUGUAUGAGAAAAAGGAGUUAAUAAAAGAGGAGUGGGUGGGAGGGUGAUGCAGCGCUGACCUCGAACGGUAUGGAGCCAGGUAAGGGGUGUCCCUUAAGUAGGGAGAAGGUGAGUCAUACGCCCCUCCCACAAUUACAGGCCAAAAGGCCUUAAUACUUGUGUUAAGGGCUCAUGAUAGUACAGAAGAUACAAACACUGAUAAGUAUGGGAUAGUGUGAAAGAGCAAGUCGGUUGUGGUGUGCCGGAACCGACGAUGAGGUAGGCCUGUAAAUAAAGAGGGCAAAAAGUAGAAAAUAUACUUUAUUACGAAACGAGCAGUAUACAUACUUCAACCAGACAUAUCUUGAAAGGCAUUUCUAACUUCUUGUACCGGGUUAGGUAUGUAUCUAGAGUAUGCAGAAGACUUCCAGCGCCCUAGUGACUUGAUAACAUGUACUGGAAUGUUUGCACUGGAUGCUGUGGAGGCCGCCCCUAUGCGGAAGGAGUGGCCCGAAUAGUUAGCUGAUUUUAGUCCUAGUUGUGUAAGUAGGGACCUGACGUGGGUCAUGAAGGUGGUGGUAGUGAGUACCGAACCUUGUAGACAGAAAAGUGGUUGAGAUGGUGAUGCUUUGAAAUGCUGAGUAUAGGUGUCCAGUAAUGUGACGGGGCACCACACGUUGUGGGUAGGAUAGUAUCUAACCUCUACCGGGGGUGCGUGUUGAUUGGUUUUGGAGUGAUGCAGAGUUAAAAUAUAGUAAUCCAUGUGUUUCGUUAAGUGUGAAUGAAGCAGAAUGUGAGUGGACUGGGAUGUGUUGAUGGCGGUAAAUUCUCUUGGUCUCAAGAAACCAUAAAAGCUACGUAUAUGGCGGUUUUUAUAACAAGGUUUGUGUUGUUCGCAAAGGGUUUUGAAUCUAGUAGGCUGGAUAAAUCCUUGAAGAUAUUGAAGUCUAUAGGUAGCCUUUGCGCGGUACGUGGGGGUUCGGAUCUCUGGAUACCUCUAAGGAUGUUUUUUAUCUGGUAGGAGGACAUGAAACUUGUGUUGUUUGGUUGUAAUGUUAGCAUGUGAUGUUGUAUGCCUGUUAGAUAUAGCUUGAUUGUGUUGUAAGAUAAUUUAAGUUUGAGGUGGCAAAAAGAAGCAAAACCUAACAAAGAUGUCAUGAUGAAAGGUUGUGUGACGUUGUGCAGUGACAGGAAUCUUUUAAAUAGAAGGAAAGCCCUGUCAUAUGUUCUCCGGGUAUUGGUGGACAGUGCUAAUUGUGCCAAUGUCCUGCUAUGUUGCAUAAUAGCUUCUAGUCCAUGACUAGCUGGUGGAAAGGUGGAGUGGUCGUGGCUGUACGUGCGGCUGACGGAAGUAUUUGCCGAAAAGCCUGAAAAUUGAAACGAGACAAAUUGUCAGCAGCCGUGUUACAAACACCUGGGACAUGGACACAAAACAAGAAGAAAUUAUGGCAUGCAGCCAGCCAGGUGAGUUUCCUCAAGAACCUCAUAAUGGUCAGUGACUUGGAUCGGCCUUUGUUUAUGAUGUGGCAGGUAGCUUGGUUGUCUGAGUGGCAACGUACUGACGAACCUGCCCAUAGAUGCCCCCAUGUCACGGCAGCUGCCACAAUGGGAUACAUCUCAAAUAGAGCUGAGGUAGUGGAAAACCCUUCCAGGUCCUGUACCUCUGGAGGCCAGCUACCCCAAAGCCAUUCAUUCCCGUAAAUUGCUGCAAAACCUGUGGUAGACGCCGCGUCUGACCAGAUGGUAGGUGAGGAGUCAGACAAUUUAGGGAGAAACAUGCUUUUCCCAUUCCAGGUGGUCAAAAAGUUUCUCCACAUAAGUAGGUCUGCCGUGGCUUGGGUAUCCAGUGGUAACCUGUGUGCAUCAUGUCUAAACAGUGGGAACAUGGUUAGGAGCCGUGAGAUGAAAGCCCGGCCUUGAGGUAUAAUGCGCAUGGCAAAGUUCAGUGACCCAAGUAGAGACUGCAAUUCUUUGCGAUUGCAAGUACCGAGGUGUAUGUAGAGGUUAAUGUUGGUGAGAAUGUUCUCUAUCUUGGUGCGUGGCAGGCUGGCUUGCAUGGUGGCUGAGUCUAGCAUGAUUCCCAGAAAGGUGAUGACUGUAUCUGGUCCUUCAGUUUUGGUGGGGGAGACUGGAACACCCACCUGUUUAAAAAGACUGAUGGUUGCUAUGAGGCUACUGGGAGGGGAAGUGUUCUCUUCGAUCAGUAAGAAAUCAUCCAGGUAGUGUAUAACUGUAGGGCAUCUGGCUACAUUUAAUAAUAACCAGCAUAAUGUUUCGGCGAAUACGUCAAAAAUGCCCGGACUACUUUUUGAACCAAACGUUAGGCGUGAGAAAAAGUAGUAGUGCCCGGCCCACUUAAUGCCAUGCAGGUGCCAUAGUGUAGUGUGGAUAGGCAAUAAUUUGAAGGCAUUUGUAAUGUCAGUCUUGCUGAGCCAUGCUCCGACCCCUGCCUGCAUGAUAGCUGUAAUGGCGUGAUCUAUGGUGGAGUAUUGAAGUGAAAAUUCCUCAGAGGGGAUAAGGGAGUUCAGACUAGGUGAGGCAGAGGUGUGAGGUGCAGACAGAUCGAUGAUAAGUCUUUGUUUGUGGGAAGAUUUCCCUGUGACAAUACCGAUGGGGUUUGUCCGCCAUGUGGAAAAAGGAGGGGACUGAAAGGGUCCCAAUAGGAAGCCCUCUGCCACUUCUUUGGCUAUGAGUGUGCUAACCGCUGUAGGGUUUUGUUGUGCAGAUUGUAAAUUAGGACAUUCAAGGAUUCCUGAAGGCAUGUGUAUGAGACCAGUAUGGAAUCCUUGUGAUAGACCAGUGAUGAUGAAGUCUACCAAAUGUCUAGAUGGAUGUCGUGACAGUAAUGCCGUGAGUACAGAAAUAUUUAUCUCAGUUAAGUAUUGCUUAGGGUACAUUUUAUUUGGACACAUGGUUUUCGCAUGUGCCCUAAAACAUUUUGAACAUAUAUGCAAUAACCGACAACCGCUGUAAUUACAUGCACCGACAUUGAAAUUAUUACAUAUUUGGGACUUCCCCAAAAACUUGAUAGGUCGACCCAGUUUGUCUUUGGGUGUUCUCUCUGCUGACACAGCGGAGCUAGUGCCCUGCGAGGUGGUAGGUUCGUUCGCAGUGGUCGGACAAAAAUUGGCAGUAUGAGCCAUGGAGGAGCAGUGUGCACAGGCCGGUGCUCUUAGACCUGCAAAGUGCCUGCAAAAAUGAUCGUAUCAAUCUUACUCCAGUUGGACCUUGUCCCGUACUGUGAGAAGGCGCCAGACACUUUGGCAGAAAAAGAUCUAUGGUAGUCAUAGAAAGCUGACCCACCAUAUUUGUUGCCCAGAUCAACCAGCCUGUGCAUAUAUAAGUCAAACUCCUCACGUCUGUGGGGAUAUACCGUACAGACCACAUCCCGAUAAAUGCCAAAAGCUAAUACAAAUUCAGGAAUGGUUAGCUUCCUAUUUAAUCGUGCAUCCCUGGAUUUGACCACCACAGAAAUAUCGUCAUAAGCGUAGGUCUUAUGUUCCACUAUAUCCUGGGAGGCAAUUAGUAGUGAGGCCAGAUUGACAUCUUUACCUUCCAGGAUAUCUCUCCUGAGGUGCUCAGGAAUCAUGUGGGCAGGGUAAACUUCUUGGUCAUCCGAGGUGAUAGCUGGAGAAACUGAUUGCGACUCCACCACUGAUGGGGGAAUUGCCGUGGCCGGUCCAGCCAUAGUGAGGGCUGUAGUGACCGAUUCAAGUUUCUCCAGCCUAGAAUUGACCUUGCUCAUGGAUGUCAUGAGGGACGUGAGCAUGUCAUGUAUGUUCCCUGGGUGGGACUGGCUCGACCCUUCCCCAGCGUCCAUGUUAUCAGUUGAGGUGUGUAAUAAUUUGUAAAGUUCCGCUUUCCUUGCUGUUGCUGGAAAAGGGAUUUGUCGUCUCCUGAGUUCGCUAGUGAUACGAGGGAUAGUCCAUGAUCUGAAAGAUGCUGGACUAGCCGUAUCUUCCUCCUGUGAUGGGGUGUUGGUUCUAGCCGGAGUCCUUGGGAUGGAGAAAUCCUCUACCCCUUCUUGAGACAUACUAGAUUACAAAGUAUAUGGUUAGCAUAAAAACCCCCGAGGGGAUGUACUGGCAGGCUAAUUAUGCCGGAUGAGGCGAAAAAUUAAACUUGUUCUUUGGUGACAGGUGAGGCCCUGCUAGUUGCCAAGUGGCUAUGAGAGGCUCUAUCUAUGCGUUGGCGCGAGGGGUUAUUGAGGCCACCCGACGUAGUGGCAGGAAUUCGUAGGCCUCUCGGUGACAAUACAAGAAAACAGGGGAAGGGAGUGACAGGUGGCACCCUCUCUAUAAUGCGAGGCGGCUAACUCACGUGUGGCCCGGGGGGCAUUACCUCCGAAACGUUGAGGCGGGGUGUUGGCCUCGCGGACCACUAAACGAUAGGCAGAAUGCCCGGAGGGGGGAUACCUAUUUGGGCCUAUAACCCCUAAAAUUGCCAGUACUCUAUGUCCUAAGUAGAGGAGGAACCAUAUGUGAUGUAUGGCGUGAGCAGGCUUAACGUACCUGGUAGUAUGUAUGCGUUUGAUAAGCGAUAGGUAGAGAAAACUGGAAAAACCUAAAGGGAUAGAAAAACCAAAUAUGAUAGUGUGAGAAUUGGAUCCUAUGAUACCAAUUUAGACUAGUUAUUUGUGAUGAGUUCUAGUAGUACAUAUGGAAAGGGAAUACAUGAAUGAUAUUGGCCCGACUGGCCCUGUAUGUGGUAUGGUAAUCAUGCUUGGGGGUGUGUAUGAUAUGUCUCUAUGGUGACCAGAUUAAUGCGUAUGAUAUAGUAAUGCUAGUGUUUGUGGUAUAAUAAGGUGCAGGAUUUAAAACAAUACCGUAUAUGUUAGGCCGUAAACGUAAGUCAUGAAAAGAGGUAAGUACGAGGUACAGAAAUAUUUGAGAAGUUAUCCCAAAUUAGGAAACAACGUGACGUAUGAGUGGUUGAAUCAAGACGUGUGAUUCAACCCGAAGUUUGUGAGAUUUGUGAGACCGUGUUCUUGUGUACUUGGUAUGUCGUUUGAGUACACAAAGAAAAAGUCAGAAUAUAUAAGUGCCAUGUAAGAAACGUGAGUACAUGGUAUGAUAGAAACGUAAUUUCUAAACAUAAUUUAUAACGUAAAUCCUACAAGCGAUAUCUGUAAACAUGUAAAAGCUUGUCUAAGCUUAACUCCAUAAAUAUAUGUAUAUAACAUGAAGAAUUUCAAUAAAACUUUAAUAAUGCCAUAUCUGCUAAGAUUAAACCAUAACCUAAAUAAAUACUUAUUCAUAAGUAGUUAACAGGGGUAUUGCCCCAGUCAUAUGCAAGGAUUUCGAAAUUUGCAUAAAAUAAAUAACAGUAAUAACAUGAAACCAAUUAUAGCUGAUGAUAUGCAGAACAAAUUGUUUAAUACAAAGAAAAACCGAAACCGAUAUGCCUGCCGGCAGCAAAGGGGUUAAUAUGCCUGUGACUUGGCCGUAAAGCGUGUGGCCGUAAAGUAAGGCCGUUUUAAAUCGCGACGCCGUGGGAAAUGAUCCGGGCGACGGACUUACGAUUUUGAAGUCCUGUGGACUUAAUCUGCGACGAAAACACCGGGUAUGUGCGUGGCUGAACGGGCGGAAAACCUGUAAGGAUUCCUGGACACAGCUACAGCAAACGAAAACCGCGGGUUUUUGAAAAGCAAGAUGGCGCCGUAAGUGAACCGGAAGUGGAUUCUCGAUGCAGCGCUGACCUCGAACGGUAUGGAGCCAGGUAAGGGGUGUCCCUUAAGUAGGGAGAAGGUGAGUCAUACGCCCCUCCCACAAUUACAGGCCAAAAGGCCUUAAUACAUAUAAAAAAAAAAUAUAUAUAUAUAUAUAUAUAUACACAUACACUGUCUAAGUGUAUUUUAAUAUUAUAUAUAUAUAAUUAUAAGUAGAUAUUUUUAUAUCAAAAUACACGUGGAAUGAUAAAUAUAUUCAUAAUUAUAUAUAUAUACAUUAAAAGUAACAAAUAAAAAUAUAAUUUAAAUAUAUAUAUGUGUGUGUAAUUUCGUUCUAACUGUUUUCUCUUUUCCAGAGAACUGCAAUGUUUACAUUGCAGCUCUAAGUCUGCUCUUUGUUGCUGUCUAACAGACAGCCACUAGAGGGUUUCCGGAAUCCUAAUGGACUUUGGUUGUUUAUCUGAUGCUGGACGUCCUCACGGACCUCCAGCGUCAGAUUUUCCCCAUAGGAAAGCAUUAAAUAAUGCUUUCCUAUGUAGAGGUCUAAUGCGUGCGCGGCCCUUGCCGCGCAUGUGCAUUAGGUCAGCCGGCGGGGGAGGAGCGUUGGCGCAGCCUGACCCAGCACAGAGGGACAUCCGCUUUGGAUUCAGGUAAGUGGUUGAGGGGCUUUUAACCCCUUCAGCCCCGCGGGAGCCUAAAGUGCCAGGAAAACUAUAGACCUCUUUAAUUCUCCUCCAUUCUGAAGAAAACAGAAGAAUACUACAGAAGGGAGAUUUUGUAUUUUUGAACCAUGUUUUUUUUUCCAUGUUCCAUGUUUCAUCUUAAAAAAAGAUGAGCCUAAUUUAUUGUGUUAAAGUCAGGCCUGUAUCCUCCUGCUUUUUGUACUGCAGGUGUGUUAAAGGUCUUAAAAUGUAACUUUCCAUAACACUACCAAUGUGUUUUUAUUUUAUAUCUGAGGGUGUAACUGCACAUGUUUAACUCUGAUUAUCUAUCUGUAUGUGUGCAUAUGUGAUUAUAUGCUAGCCCACGUUUCUGCAAAUGAGUGUUUGUGAUUAUCCAUCUGUCUGUGUGUCUGUAUGUGUGUAUUUGUGAAUAUCUGCCUUUGUAUGUUUCUGUAUGUGUGUAUCUAUAAUUAAGUGCUUAUGUGUACAUUUGUGACAUGUUUGAAAACGUGUGUGCCUGUAAGACUGUAUCUGUGAGUUGGUGCAUGAAUAUGACAAUGCAUAUUUAUGAGUGUGUGUCUGUGUGUGUAAUUAUUAAAAACCAAAGAAAAAAAUCCCUAUGUAUUUUUAAACAAAUGGAGGUUUUUUAGUUGCCUCCAAUGGCCAUGAGAGGAUAAGCCCACCUGCCAACGCCAAGGCAGACCCCCCCCAGGUGGGUCCUAACUCUAACCAUUCACCUUGCUUCCUUGAGCUUCAGGCAAAGAUCUCUAAUGAGACAGAAAGGGGUAUUUUUUAUAUACACCCCUAUAUAUUAUUAACGCUUAAUAGGGAACACAUGGGAUGGGCGGCUGCAUUGUAACAAGGCUGAGUGAUACAAAAAAUGGAUACAAAUGCAGAAAGAUAAGUCCUGCGCUCACUCCCAUCACUACUGGGCGGCAGCAAAAGACUACAGUACACAUCAGCCCCAAUAUAUAGUAAAAACCAAACCUGCAGGUAACUUGUUUUUCUUUGGUUUUUACUAUAUAUUGGGGCUGAUGUGUAAUGUAGUCUUUUGCUGCCGCCCAGUAGUGAUGGGAGUGAGCGCAGGACUUAUCUUUCUGCAUGUGUGUGUAUUUAUGUUUACAUGUCUGUGAAUGUAUGUCUGUAAAUGUUACUUUAUCAAUUAUUUACCUCAACACUGUUUUUUUAAAAAAAUAUAUAUAAUCAUUUCAUCAAGUUUUGAAAGGAAAUGGAUUAUUUAUUAAAUGAAUUAUGUGUAAAAUAAUAAAAAAAAAUAAAGAAAACAAAACAUCCCUACCGUUGGUAUAGGACAGAAACCUUCAGCCGUAUACUUACACCUCGUGUCAGACAGUGUUUGACAACCUCUGUAUGGUGACUGUCUUCCUGCCAUACUCAUUGGACUGACUGUCAAAUUCUAACUCUGCCUGAGCCAAGGUGCAUGUAUAUGGCUGAAACAUUCCGUCAUAUACUAUAGGUAGAGAUUAUUUUAUUUACAUAUACUUCAUUUAACAAAUAAUCAAUUUCCUUUCAAAGGUUGAUGAAAGGAUCAUUAUAUUAAAAGACAGUGUUAAGCUGACUAUACUCCUUUAAAGGAGAACAGUCAUUGUUUGUUUUUUAAAAUCUUUAUUUCAUAAUAUAUAAUAUUCUUUUUUAAUUUUUUUUUAAUUUACAUAUAUUAAAUUUUUUAAAGAAAUAACUUGCCUAUCUGUCCCAUCCCCCCUUUCUGCCAACUUUAUGCAGCUUGGGACAGACUGAUGGGAGUGAGUAUCACAUACAGAGAAAGUGAGUCCUGGCAGGAUAUUUGCCAGUAUUCCUUCAGUCUAAUUCCCGGGCCUGUGACUCACACGGAACGCCACCAUAAAGCCAAUAGUAGGAGCAGGGAUAUAAUGUUUGUUGUAUCUCGCCCCCUCCACACAGUGCCAAACAAUGAAGACCUAGGCCAAACUGAAGACUUACGCCUGGAUAAGGUGGAACGGGGUUACACUUGCAUACUAUAGAUUAGAUAUAUUUUAAUCCAUAGCUUGAUUUUGAGGUGGGUAAAGCUCACAUGUACAUGUAUUACAAUCUAACAGCAAUCAUUUAUAAAUUGUAUUAAUUUGCAUUUCCGUAUGUAUACUUGUAUUUAUAUUUUAUUUCGUUUCAUACUGAAUUGUUAUUUCUUUCAGAGGACAAGCUCUUGAGAAAGAAAAUCCUGAAGCCAGGUCUCGGUGAGGCUACUAGACCUCUCCCAGGCCAAGAGGUUACUGUGCAUCUCAUAGGAAUAUUGGAGGAUGGAAGCCUGGUGGAGAAAGAUCCCAAGUUGACCUUCGUCUUGGAUGAAGGCGAUGUCAUACAAGUAAUUUUACCAACUGGUCCUCGAUUCGAUGUACUUGCCUAGAUUGCAGUUAAAGCACAGAAGUAAAUGUUUGAACUAAUAUGCGCUUUAGUUAUUCGGCAAUAAAUAUGGUUUAGAUUAAUGCGACUAACAGCGAGAUCACUUUCCAAGUUCAUGUCCAAAAUAGCCAAGCUUCAAAACUGUUCCCACUGAGAGAAAAAAAGUGCACUAAAACCACAUGGAUUCUCACAUGCUGUAGAUGAUCUUCUUUUCUAUGUAUAAAUAUUUACAUGACAUAUUCUUUGUCUUGGCAGGCUGCCAAGACAUUGAUGUCACAUCCAGAGUUCCUUUACUUUGCUUUAAAAAACUACCCCCAACAUAAUAUCCAUUAAAAGAAUACUCCAGGUACCACGAUCACUACAACUCUCUAUGGUCAUUAUGGUUCCCACCUCCAUUGUAAGGAAGCAAAUCUUUUUUUUUAGGGUUUUUUUACUUCUUAGCUUGGGUUUGUCUGAAGUUUUUCUGCAGAUCUCCUGAGCUAAGCCCUGAAAUCCAAUCUGUAGUGGUUUUGGUGCCUGGAGUGUUCCUUCAACUUGGCUUACUAUGACAUCUACAAAGAAUAAAACUCAAGAAUGCAGGUCAUUUAACUACCUUUUUUUGCAAAAAACAGGGAUGCUCAAGUACCAUAACUUGUAAGCUAACAACUUUAACUUAAAGGACUACUCCAGACCUCUAAAGCACUUCGUAUAUUAAUUUGUUAAGUGUGAAAAAAAUAUUUGUCUGCUUGAUAUGCUAUGCAUGUGCAUUUAAGUAUGUACUGCUUCUCUUUCCAUAAACAAUGGUGCUUUACAACAGCACAAGCUCUCUAAUUAACAUGGACCUCUUCCAAUUGUUUACUCUCCUUUGUGUAUUUUAUGGUUCCCCAACUAGAGAUUGUUAUAGUAAGGAAUUACUGCGCCUUUAAGUUCAAGCAGCAUACUCACAUAUAAAAAAGGAUAAGCAAUACUAACCUCAUUCGAGUAAUAUUUAUAUUGUUAAAAAUAAAUAGCAUAGGUGAGGGUCCUGAUUGCAUGUCAGUAGAUACUAGACAAACUGUUAAUUAAAUUGUUUCCCUUUUUUACCAAUAUACGCAGGCACUGGAAUUGGGGGUUCGGUCGAUGCAGCUUGGAGAAGUGGCUUUCAUGCUUACAAAUGGCCUUUAUGCGUUUGGCAUUCUGGGAAGGUAUUUAUUCCACAAUAUUACAGGGCUUAGAUAAGAAAUGAAGUCAUAGAAUUAUGGAUGUAUUUUAACACCACAAUAACAGUCCCACUACUCUCCUGAUGUCCCACACAAUCCCCAUACCCACCUUUCCUCCCUUUAGCCCUUGAUAAUUGUUACUACCAAUCUUACCUUGCUCAUCUGUUGCUUCCCAAUACCUAACAGAACUUGUGAUAAAAUAUCCGUCUGAUGUAAUAGGAUAGUGAGGCAACAAGUAGCUAAACAUGAAUAUAAUUGCAGUCAUCCAGAGAGUUUUAGUCCACAGCAGCUCUAUUUAGCAAGUCACCACUUUAAUGGACAUAGAACAAUUAAUUAUUAAAAUGUCACUUGUACUAAUGCAGUCCUAAAGUAUGAUUUUGUGUAUAUAUAAAAAACAAAACAAAUUUUUUUUUCUAAAUCUCACUCAUCUGUGAGAAGCUUUCGACUGGAGGCUUGUCAUCAAUGCAUCUCUGGGAUAAGCAUUUUAUUGGACAAUGACCAGCACUAACAAGGAAGUAAGUGCAGGACAAAAAGGGGUGGGUCUUCAUUACUUCCAGAGGCUGGUUCUGAAACUAAUAAAAGGUAUGUUUUAAAGGGCUUAAGAAAUAUUUGUGCAUUUACUGUUAGUAAAUGCUUUUUGUGGUAGCAAUUAAUUAUGUUAUGAAAAAUGUAAGCAUAUUUGGACAUUGAGAUUCCCUUUAAUGCAAAUCCAGUGGCUCCCAAAUUUUUAUGACUCAGAUUACACACGGCAUGUAGGUUGGAGACCCAUUCUUUCCGCUGGAUUUAGUAAGUUGUUGAAUUAAGUUUAAAGAUCUAUGAUAUUUACUAUUGUGUUGUUGCAGGCUGACUUUCGAGCAUAACCAAGCUCAGGCAGUGGAUCUAUUUCUCUAAACUAAAUGCUUCAAAAAGCACAACACUAGAGAAAUGGCAAGUAUAAGCCUGUCCACUAUAUCUGCAAACAGUGACACUCAAUUAGUACAAAUCGUUAUAAAUACACAUAUUCAAUGAAACCUUAACAUAUCAUAAUAGAGACCCAAUCUGCUCUCUUACACUAAGAUCUCUUCUUGAAUGAAUAUAAGAUAAUAAUAAUAAUAAUAGCAACAAUAAAACAUGUAGUGCCUCAGGACUCCCCAAAAAUGAUCCAGUGAGGAGUGGCACUUGUCUUUUUUCAAUAGUUAAUAUAUUAAAUAGGGCUAAUAAUGUUAUGUACCCACUUGUAAUGGCCCAUGAGAUGCCCAUUCUCUUGGGCCCUAAGUGGUUAGUCCUAUAUCACGACCAAUUUUCCCAUCCAGCCCAUGCCACCCAGCCCAGCGCCCUUUCCGUGUUCCAAGAGCACUCAUAAGCUGGUCAGAGAGCCACUGAGGUAUGCAGGGCCGGUGCAAGGAUUUUUGCCGCACUAGGCAAACAAAAAUUUGCCGACCCCCCCUCCAUCACAAUGCCCCACUUAUAUGAUCUGUCAUAUGAGCCAACGCCAGUGCUGCACACAGUGUCUUUUCUCUGAAAAGGCAGUGUGUUUACAUUAAAAAGCCUGCAGAGACAGGCUAUAGACACCAGAACCACUACAUCAAGCUGUAGUGGUUCUGGUGACUAUAGUGGCCCUUUAAUAUGAGGUAAAUUAGGAAUUAGUGCCACUAAAAAUGUACUGGAUUGCCUACUUACCACCAGAUGAGGACAAGAGAAUGAUGAUGGGCUCAGGCUGCAGUCUGGCUCCACUGGUCUGGUGUUAAAACAGGCUCUUUGGAGGCAGUGCUCACAAAAACAACGAAUAGGAAGCAGCUCAAUUUUUUGGGCCCCUUACACAGAUCAUGGUCUGAAUGUGUGUGUCUGUGUAUGUGUGUAUGUAUGUGUGUGUCUGUAUGUCUGUGUCUUUAUGUAUGUGUCGGGUGGGGGGCCCACGGAUCAGUUUCGCACCGGGGCCCCAUUGAUUGUGUGUACGCCAUUGGAAGAAUGGUGUAUUUCUGUGUGAGUGUAGGAUGCAUUGUAUGUUUCAGUGUGUGUGUGUGAGAGUAGGGAUGCAUUCUGUGCAUGUAUGUUUCUGUGUAUGUGUAAGGAUGCAUUGUGUAUGUGUGUAGUGUGAAAUAGAGGUUUUGUGGGGUAGGAUAGCUCUUUAUUUUUAUUAUUAUUUUUUAUUAUUAUUAUUAUAGUUAUUUUGUUAAUAUAUUUUUUCUUUAAGUUUUGUGCCUUACACUCCCAUUUAGUGUGUCUCUCAUCCCCCCUCUUUGUAUGUCUCCUACAUCCUCCCAACCCCUUUGCGUGUCUUACUCCCCCAAGCCCCUUUAUGUCUGACUCUUCCCAGCUCCUUGGUGUGUCUCUUUUUCCCCCGACCCCUCUGCAUGUCCCCCUCACAAGUGACUCUGUGUGUCUUUCUCCUGAGCCCCUCUGUGUGUCUUUGUCUUCCCUACCAGCCCUUCUGUGCUUCUCUUUCACCCUUCCUCAGCCUGUGUGUCUUACACUUUCCCUGUCCCUUAGUGGUCUCAACUCUACUUCUCACCCUGUCCCUUAUAGGUCUCCCAUCUUGUCCCUCUGAACUCUCCCCUCCCCUCCCCUCCUGUGCCUUAGUGUCGUCCCCUUUCCUCCUUUCCCUUAGUGCUCUCCCCUCCCCUCGUGUCCCUUAGUGUUGUCCCCUUCCUUUCUGUCCCAUAGUGCUCUCCCCUCCUGUCCCUUAGUGCUCUCCCAUACCCUCCUGUCCCUUAGUGCUCUCCUAUCCCUUAGUGCUCUCCCUUCCCUUAAUGAUCUCCCCUCCCCAUCUGUCCCUUAGUGCUUUUCCCUGCUCCCCUGUCCCUUAGUGCUCUCCACUGCCCCCCUGUUCCUUAGUGUUCUGUCCUGCCCCCCUGUCCCUUAGUGCUUUCCCCUGACUCCCCCUCUUCCCAUAGUGCUCUCCCUCCCCCCUGUCCCUUAGAGUCCUCCUCCCUCCCCCAUCUUUCCCUUAGUGGUCUCUCCCCCCCCUCCCAUCUUUUCCUUAAUGGUCUCUCCCCCCCCACCCCGUGUCCCUUAGUGGUCUCCUCCCCACCCAUCUUUCCUCAGUGGUCUCUCCCCCCUCCAGUGUCCCUUAGUGGCUCUCCCCCCAUCCUUCCCUUAGUGGUCUGUCUUCCUCCACAGUGUCCCUUAGUGGUCUCUCCUCCUCUCCCUCCCUCCCCCCCAGUGUACCUUAGUGCCAUCUCCCACCCCUUCCCUGUUGUGUCUCCUACCUCUGUGUAGUGUGGCCGGGCGGAGAAGACCGCGGUACAGAGCUUCUGUUUCCUGUACCCGGCCGGACUGACAGGAAGUGAGAGAGAGCACUGAGAGAGCACUUCCUUUCAGUCCGGCUGGGUACAGGAAGUUCCUGUACCUCGGUCCGCCCCACCCGGCCGCACUUUACUGAGUGACUGGCAGGAGAGAGCACUGUGCGCUUCCCUUCUGACGGGUCACUCGAAACUUGCGCCCCCCCCGGGCCAAUGCCUAAGUCGCCUAUAGGAAGCGCUGGCCCUGGAGGUAUGGUGCGCCUGACCGGGACAUACUCGUAAACCUUUUGGAACUUUUGGUUGCAUUGUGGAGUUGCCACGGUCAGGUGAAACUGGCUGAGACCCCAGGUAAAAAAUGUGACAGUGUGACAAAAAAAAAAAAUCAGUUCUUCUUCACCCUUUACUUAGUUUCGACUAGUGUUUGGGUGAGACAGCGAUAAUACAGCAGCAAAGAGAUUUAAUCACUUUGGGGCUAUAAACACACAGAAGAAAGGGACCAGCUAAUUGUGGGUUCACCACCAUCACCAACAUCACCAUCAUGUUUUAUGGAACCUAUCAAUGGAUCUGAAGAUAAACAGUCUCCUAGACUGUGUAUUUCUGUGGAGACUGUGUAUUUCUUGGGUCUUUUAAACAUAUUGCUUUCCAAUCCGCAAACCAUUGAGUGAUGAAAGAGGAAAGACCGUUUGACAUUUCCCAAUACAUUUCAUGCGAAUGUUUUGAGGUUUCCACUCACAACCUCCUUGCCAACAUUCUCAUACUAGUGGCAUUGAGAGUAAUUGGACCCUAUGUCAUACCAUAUCCUUAAAGGGACACUAUAGUCACCAGAACUACUACAGCUUAAAUAAAAAAAUGCAGUGUAUACACUGCUGAAUAUUUACAACUCUAGUGGCAGUCACUCAGACGGUCUCUAGAGGUGCUUCCUGUGCCAGUCUAUGCUCUGCAUGGAGGCACUGAACGUUCCCCAUAAGCUGCAAUAGCCAACCAAUCCUUUACUAUGGGAAAGUAUUGGACUAGCUUAGAUCAUCAAAAUUGAUUAUCUCAGCCACGGAGGCGGGGCUCAGACCGGCACAGCGUGGGAGAAAAGGUGAUUAAAAUUGCCUUUAAUCUCCAGAGAGAGUGUGGUCAGGGACCUAAUGCUGCAUUCCAGUACUAUAGUGUCAGGAUUACAUGUUUGAUUCCUGAUACUAAAGUAUUCCUUUAACCCCUGAAGGACCAAACUUCUGGAAUAAAAGGGAAUCAUGACAUGUCAUGUGUCCUUAAGGGGUUAAAUACCAAACGUUAUUGAAAACUAUAGUAAACAUGUAUAGUAAGAAGGACUUAAAUUGGCAAUAGGAGCACCUUUGCCUAUAGCUUCCAUCUAAAGUAGAUUAUAUCCCUAAACCCAUACUUAAUGCCUUAUCCAACCCCUAAUUCUAAUUGUUUAACAUGCAUCUCUUUCUUGAAAAUAUAAUUUUCCAACAACAUUGCCUUAGGGCUAAAGCCAACAUUGCCUUUAUUGUAAAAAAACAAAAACAAAAAAUAAUAACACUUGUUGAAAUAUAUAUCCUAAUCCAAAUAUAAACUGCCUUACCCUUUGAAGCUAUUUCCAAUAAAAAAAAAAAAGAAAUUGAUCAUUUUUCACACAUUUGGCCUCCUAUCAAGUGGGUUUUCGUUCACAUAGUUUUUCCAUGAAACUGUAUUCUGUUAAAUGGGGUUUUUAGUUUGGCUACAGAAUUUAAAUACCCAUGUAGCAAAUUCUAAUUGGAAGUAUUUAUGUUUUAACUAUAGCGACUCUAUGGAUUUUAUCCCUGUUGGUUUUUACAGUGUAAACAUUUAUAUUGAGACCAACAUAGCAGCAAGCAAGCAGUAAAAAGUAUCUAUAUUUCAAUUUGACUUGGAUUUUCAAAUUCAUCAUAAUCCAUUGAGAGCAUGAGAACAUUCUUACUGGUUUCUGAGUUAUGAGCUGUAUAAUUAGUUGAUUUUAAAAUGUUAUAAUCGUGAUCUGAUAAUGCAUUUCUAGUCAGUCCUGGAAAUCCCCAGCUCUAUAUUUACAGGCAGAUUGAUUGGCAUUUGUGUUAAAUUUAUAACUUUGUGAUAAACCCAUUGAUCUAUAUUGUGAAAUAGUCCAACUAUUUUAUCUUAAAUUGGAAAAGUCACUUCUCUGGAUAAAACACUGUUGAAGGCAACAUUGACAAUCAUCUUGAACCUGCAUUAUCUUUUUUUUUUCAUGUGAAGCUCCAUUUUCAUUUAAAUUAAUCUCAAAGAUUAAGCAAAUUAUACCAUAGUCCAGUACAAUCCAGGCACAGCCACGGCACGCAUUACAAAUGAAGAGGAGCAAUAGAUACAUGAUGGAAAUGUUCCUCUUCUCUGUAUGCUCUUUUUAUGCUGAGAAGCAAAGGACAGACUUUAUAAGAAUGACUGAAUGGGAGUGAAGGUGGCGGCACCCAAUUGUGUAAAAACUAAGUGUGAAUUUCUACAUUUAAUUUUAUUUUUCAGACCUCACAAACGUAUUUGUUAAAUAUAGAGGACAAAGAAACAUAAUAAUAAGCAUCCUCUUUAAAAUAUCAGUUUGGUCAGGUAACGGAGGUAUCAGUAGGACAGAUGCAAUAGUCUAUGAACAAGUCUACCAAGAUAAUGUCUGUAUUUUAUUUUAUUUUUAUGUUAAUGGUUGAUACAGUAAAGUUAUAUAUUUUUUUAACAUAUCGGAUUAGAUCCAGGGUUUUGCCUGAUGUUCUCCUCCACUACGUCACAUGGGUAGGGAACAAUGACUGUGCUUAUCGUCACUAGUACGAUAUCCUCCUAGAGAGAGGCUGACCCACCUUCUGGUCCGAUCAUUGCGGUCCUGGACAUUUUACACUUGAUAAUGCAGAAGUGUCAUUUACAUAUGAUCAUUGUGGCUGAUGAUGAGCUUGGCUAUGAGUUCCAAGAAAUGCCCCUUUAAGUUGAAGUAGCAUCAUCUUUUUUAAAUAAUAAAUAAGUGAUGAUGUGUCUGGUUUGGGUUUAAAAUAAGAAAACAGAUUACCCUGCUGUUGAGCUUAUUAAAGUAUGCAUACAUUAUACCAUUGGUAGUUAAAGGGGCUCUGAGAUCUAUAUAUUUUAUUUAUUUUUUACAAGUGGAAUAGGAGUGCUAUCCUUAUCAUAAAAGGGGCAGUAAUGACUGAACACUAUGCAGCCACUUUUACAGUAGGCAGAGUAGCAUGCAAAAGGAAAGCUGGGCAUGGAGUUGGCACAGGAUAAAGCAACUCUCUGGGAUAGCAACAGAACUGGUAAUUUCCUGGAUAUUUUGAUGUGCAAUUACAUUUUCAAUAAAACAAAAAAAUUGGAGACAAAGGUUUUAUAUUUUCUGAGAAUCCCACUUCAGUUAGUCAAUUUGUCUACUUCAAGGCCAUUGCAAUGAAGGAAAUGAAAAGUCUGGCUUUGGGUUUUUCUAGACUGGAAAUUGGCUAAUGAGCAGUCAGCUAGGGAAAGUGUAUGAUCAAUAUUUCAGUGUGACUCAUUGCUUACGUACAUUGUACCUUGCAGAACACAAUGACAGCACAGUGACAUUUAGACAAAAAAACAAACAUACAUUAGUCAGUAAUAAAUGUCUUUAUCACUGACUCACUGCAGAGAGGCUUGCUAAAAGACCAGUCUUUAUAGUGUCAUACUAAAAAAUUUUAAAAAAAAUUUAACCUUAUUUCUUCCAAAGUGAUUGAAGACAAAUUGAAGUGGAUUUAAUGCUACAUCUGAAAAAUUUCAUAGAUGUGGUCUUUACUUUGUCAGUAUAAUUCAUGGAAAGAUCAGAGGGUCAGUAAUGAGUUUUUUUCUGAUGUAAUAAAUGUUCCUGUAUCCUCUGCUAUAGGUUAAUAUAUAACAUUAUACAUAUGUAACAGCAUGCUUGACAGACGCACAGUCGGAUUUGCCGGCAUAUGCGCUAACCUUACCCAAACCCCCAUUAAAACACGGACACAGGUUAUACUGUUGGAAAUAAUUCGUCCACAGCUUUAUUAAAUUAUUAAUAAAAUAAUUAAGGAAUAACAAAUGGGGUCAUUGCCAACAAAUCUUAAUAAUGUUAACCUCCUCCAUAUACAUAACAUACCCCUAGCAAUGACCCCACAAUAAUAACAAUAGAUAACAAUCUAAAUAACACGUUAAUACAGAAACUGGCCGCCCAAUAUGACCACAUUUCCACCAGGUUAAAUUGUAGAGGUGUACCGAGACACCGCUACCCACCAUAUCGAUUGUAGGGGUGUACCGAAACACCGCUACCCACCAUAUCCAUUGUAGGGGUGUACCAAGACACUGCUACCCACCAGUUCCAGUGUAGGGUGUACCAAGACACCACCACACCCACAGGUUCGGAGCCACCGACUGGCUCGAACCUACCAACCACGUGCAACACUGCCCAAUCCACACUAAACCUCCGGAUGCCCACUUUCUCCUCCAUCUACCCUCCGAUUUAACCAGACCAUCCCCUGCCACUGUGAAAAAACGGGAAAUCAACUAACUUAACCAAAUACAGGGAGGGUGGGAGGGACAACUGACAGGUAAGCUUAGGUUCAGUUAAAAUGGCCACUUCAUAUAAUGGCUGGUAUAAAUACUCCCCUUAUGGCUCCGCCCUACCCAGCAUGCUAGCUGUCACUAAAUUCCUGUGGCUGCUAUGCCUACCUCCUGGCUCUGUCAAGGCCUAUUCCUUUUAGCUGCGCUGAUCCAUGGGCUACAUUCCCUUUGUCAGAUAAGGUGAUGUACUAAAUUAGCUUUUUUUUUUUUUAAUUCUUUAUUUUUGAAGCACAUUGUCAGAUACAUGUUGACAUUUUGUUAAAGCGAAAUUGUUGCGCUUUUUUUUGUUUGUUUGAAAACAUAAGAUAAUUCAGCAAUUUUCUCAUCGUAUAUAAACUGCAUGCAGAGUAAGUAAUUACUUAAAAAAACAUUUUCCAUCUGAAUGUGAUACCCCGCGCUCGCAGGAACGUGGUGAAGGGCUGCAUCGUUUUCCACUACGCUAGGGUGCUCUCCGAGAGGUCCACAUAGAAGGUGAGAAGAGAGUUCUCAAAGUGGUAAGGCGUCUGUCCCCUGAGAGAGCACAGCACUGCGGCCCUGUCCUGCCCAGCCUGGAAGCAAAUGAUCAAGUCCCUUAGGGCUGUGAUAGGGGCCCGGCUGGUCUGGGGAUCCAAAACAUUCCGUCUAUUGCCACCGACUUGGCUUGUCUGGGAGUUAGGAUUGCAUGUAGGAGGCAGCUGAUGAAGUGUGGUAAUUCAACAGCCUCUGCCACCCCUCUAAUCUUGAGGUUAUUGCAGCAUCUGGAGUCCUCCAUAGCUGCAUACCUCUGCUCAAGAGGUAUGUUGCUUUUGGAGUAUGUGCAGCUCCUGUUGCAAUUGAGUGAGUUGCAUUGUGGUAGUGCGGGAAUUCUCCUCUAGCGUGCCCAUGCGGCCUGUGAGGCCUAGCAGGUCUUUUCGGAGCGUGGCUACAUCCGCCAACAGUUCUUGCAUAUCUGCCUUAGUAACCAGCACUGCAUCUGUUUUAGGCUCAGUAGGCGCAGGGGGCAAUGUCUGUGCUCGUGGUGCAGGUAGUUGAAAGUCUUCCGACCCCAGGGUUUGGUGGUCAGAGAAGUCGGAGCUCUCUCCCAUGUACUGUGGUAACUGGGAUUACAGGGCGCUUUGUGCCUGCCGCCAUUGGUCCCCUAUGGUCGCUCCAGUUCUUGGUUUGUCUACUUUUUGGUCUUUUGACCCAUGACUGUUUGUGCUACUUACCAUUAAAAAUAAAUAAAGGGAAGAAAAUCUGCUUUCAUCCAAAGUUAUGCUUGGUGGGAUCCAUAUAAUAAACAUCGAAAUCAACAAAAUAAAUAUGUAACAAAUAAUAAUUAACAUAAUCUCUCUAGCGAGAAAGCGUGACUUGGGCUGUUGUGGCGUUUUCCUGCUUGAGUUCAAUCAUUAAUUAAAGUGUUAAAAACCUGGGCCUGUAUUCCCCUGCAUCUCAUGUUAUAAACUGUAUGAUAAGCAAGAACAUUAAAAAAACAUGUAUACGUGUCAUCUUGGCUACUGAAUCUUCCAAACAGCUGUUUUGCACAAGUUGCAUGUAAUUUUAAGGAUAUUGAACAGAGACUGUCAACUGUACAAUACAAUAAUAGCAAUCAUUCCAAGCUGUUCACAGACUGCUUCUCCUUACAGAAACCCAGACAUCCCGUCGGAUGCCUCUCUAAUGUACAGAGUGACUUUACUAAGAGCCAGAGACAAGCCAAGCCUUGGAGUCCUUACUCCAGCAGACCGCAUCAGCCUUGGAAACCAGAAACGGGAAUGUGGGAAUUUCCACUUUGAGCGUGAAGAAUAUCGAAGUGCCAUGCACUCUUAUAGCCAGGCCCUAAGCAUCCUCACCCCAAACAGUGCAGGUACGGUAAUCAUAUACUAAGGAACAUAUAAACUGCCUCUUAAAGGACUAGUCAUUAAAGUGAGAAUUGCUAAGAGUUCAAAGUGAAUUCAGAAUGGAUUUAAAGUUUAAAGAGACACUAUAGGCACGUAGGCUACUUCAUCUUAUUGAAUGGUCGGUGUGCAGUGCGCCAGGAUUUUUUGCACUGUAAUCUAAAAAACAGUUUAGUGGAAAUGGCACUGUUUUGAAUGCAGUCACAGUAUGUGCUUCCACACUCAUAACUGAGCCUGUCUUGCCAUUUGCCAUGCAUAUGCUUCUCAUCCCAAUGCUUCUCUGUGAGAAGUACUGGAUUCAACGAGAAGCCAGGAAGUGCUGCCUUUCGGGUGACAUUGGGAGAGGAGCAGGUGGCAGUACCAAAUGCUUGUCGGCACUGGAUAUUAAAAACCUUUUUACUUUUUGUUUAUUUAAGUUGGGAGCCCUCUAAUCUUUAUAGUGAGGAGACACCUUUAAGGCCAAAAUCAAUAUACUGAAGACACCUACAUAGGAAAAAAUAUCAGUUGUAUCCAUCUUAGGAAAACACUGCUGAAUUCCAAACAUGAGGCUUGGCAUUCAACCAGAAGUGUAAUGAGUGACUCUCUUAACAAUAAUGCCCACAUGCAGUCAUUAUUUUAACAUUCGUAUUCUGCAUUCUGGAAACAGCAUCUACAAAAUGCCACAAGGUUCUUUAUAAAUAUACCAAUAAGCAGGUGUUUGACCCUACUUUUCUAUCUAUAGUGGACAAGCAUCCACUUUGCUAAUAUUUGAUAUCCUUCCUUCACCUGUAGACAAAAUACAAAUAAAGAGAAUGUAGUGUUGUCAUGGUUGUGUGAUGAUAAAUCCACUUAUAGAUUCAUCCCUUGCCUAAUGAUUUCCCGUUAUAUGUAUUACUCAGACCCACUGAGCUCAGAGGAGGAAGAGGAGAUUCGCGAGCACAGAAUUAAAUGCCUGAAUAACCUGGCUGCUACCCAGCUGAAGCUUCACCACUUCGAUGACGUCAUUAACUCCUGCAAUGCUGUCUUGGAGAUGGACAUCAAUAAUGCAAAGGCACUUUAUAGGAAAGGAAAGGUAUUGUUACUUCUUCAUGUCACAAUGUAAAGUAUCAGACUUUGACCUAUGAUCAAAUAAGUGUAUCUUAGGAACGCAUUUUAUUGCAAUUUAGUAAUGGUAGAAAUGCCUAUAAAUACAGGUAUUAUCCUUUUUAUAAAAACUAUACUAUGGCUGCCAGCUAUAAAGAAACACAUUAAGCAGCAUAACCGCUACAGACUGUUGUGGUGAUUAUGGUACCAGGAGUGUCAUAGUACCGUCCAGGGUAAGAUGUCAAGCCACUUUAGUAUAUUUUGACAAAUUAUCUGGGUUCUGCCGGGUAUCUGCAUCACAUCAAGUCUUCUCCGGCAUGACGGUUAGAACGCUGAGAUGGCACUCUCAGUCAAUGAGAGUGAUCCAGCAUGGUCCUGCUUUGUUCUAAAGAGCAAUCCAACUCUUGCUGGAGAGGACUGGAUGCACGUGUCCGUUGGCAGCCCAAUAAGUUGUGCAACCAAACUAAAAUGGUUUGACAUGUUACCAUGGGUUGGUAAUUGGGGCUUUCCUUAUAAAUAAUGCUCUGUUUAUUGUUGAAAUUGCACUGCACAUCUGUCCAAAGCCAUCCAAUCUUGGAUAACACCGGUAGGCUGCACCUGCAAGCACUGGGAAGUUAGAAGAAGGAAGUCCUAUUGUUGCGUUCUUUUAUGGUACAGUUCACAAAUUAUCAAAUGCAAUAUAGUCAGAUAUCACCCUUUAGAAUGCCAUGAAGUUGUAUAACAACAAUAAUACUGUAGAUUCUCUUUUCAUUAAACAUAAGUGGUAUCCCUUCUAGCACUACCUCAUUCCAUGAUGAUACAUAUGUCUUUAGACAAUCCGAUACUUUAGAUACUUUUAUGGUGGCACCACCUAUGGACUUGUCAUUCAUCAUCAUCAUUAUAUGAAUAUUAGUAGUUUUGUAAAAUUAUUUACAGGCCAUUCUAGUGACAAAUUCUUGAAAAAAACCAACCCAAAAUAUUGGAUGAAAGCAGAACUAGCAUUCUGUGUAUGCAAGCUGCGGAUCUUGCUGUUUAAUUGACUGUUAAUAAUUUCAUGGAUGAUGUGUAAUGGGCUUCUCCAUUUAUCAGGUGUUGUCCGAGAAAGGAGACUAUGAAGCUGCAAUGUCUGUUCUAAAACAAGCCCUUACACUGGAGCCUACAACGAAGGUAAGUGACGGGAUGUAGAUUAAUAAUUUUUUUUAUUAGUGCAGUUAAAGUAAAAGAUUAUUGCCGCUUCCCCUAUCCCAACGUUCCCAUUCUAAAUACUCCCUUCAUACAACACUGACAGUAACCACAGCUAAACCAGGCAGGUAUAGUUAGUGCAAGAGACAAAGAGCAACACAGUUUAUAAGUAUAUUAAUAAGUCUCACUGUAUUUUUCCUAUCAGUCUGUCAUAUUCUCUCCCACUAUCUACGGAGAGUGUUAAGGUGCAAAUCCAAGCAUGUUAACUUACAGGUAGUUAUGAUAAGUGCAAGUAAUCACUUUAAUAAUUCAUUUUGCAUCAUAUAUCCACCCUUUCUGUCCCAAUCUCCUCUGUGUAUGCAGCAAAGGUUUCUGGUUCCUUAGUAAUAUUACUUCUAGAGAAAGGAGAUAGAAAAACACAGGUCAAGUCAGAACUGAGGUUCUAACCAUCAGUUUCUUUGCUCUUAAGAUCUGUUUUGUUUCUUUGAGGACUGGAGGAAUCCUUUAAUUUUUCUCGCCAUUCCUUUAAUACUGCGGCACAAGUCAUUCAGAUGGAAAUAAUAUUAAAUCCAGUAAAAAACUGUAAAUUGCCCACAGAUGUUCCGUCAACUCUUUCUCAAUAACAUUAAGAAAUGGUAUUUCCAUGUCAUUUCUGUAACCAGAGAUCAGCUUGGACUGUCACUGCAAUUAGAUUUAAAUGUUGAAUAUGAACUGGAUCAGGCAAAGCAUAUGUCCUAGGAAGAUUGGUUUACUCGUAGUGGAAAACUACAUGGCAGAGAGAAUUUCCAUAACACUACACUUGUUCAUUGUUUCAGUUGUACUUAAAGGAGACACAAAAUAUAGAAUUUUUGCAGUUUAAUAUGCACACAGAGAGCAUAUAAGGUUCUUUUGGCAACACGAGCACCAAACAAUAAACAUAUCACUUUUAACAUUAAUAUAAAAAAUAUAUACAGUUUUACAUUUUACGAGGCUACAUAAAAUCACCUAUCCGCGCAAUCAAAUAUGGGGAUUCAGUAACACCAUAUGACCAUAUUGUGUUACGCUCUAUGCCAUAGUACCCAAAUAUCGGGGGUCCUACACUAAUCUUAACAUAGGAAAUUAACAUGAUAACUGUUACUUACUACUGAAGCUGCUUCCAAAGUCACUAGCAUACCUCCCAGCAAUAGGAGGUUGGAAUCAGGAUGGGAUGGGCUGAGCCAUGGUGUUGUCACUAAUGAGGUGAAAUUUUGCUUACCUGUUGUCCACUCCAAACGGGCAUCUAUAGAAAAGCGUUGAACAUUAUAGCAGCACCACUGCUUAGAAAUGCAUAGUCCAGGUGUGCUUCUAUUUCCCUUUUUUGGAAUCCACACCAUAUUCCUUUUGUGUUGAGGACCGCACCCAUCCACUAUAGAUGCCCCUUUACAGUUUAGCACAGGAAAGUAUAAAUUUGAGGAGAGACUCUGGAAGCAGAUUAAGCACUAAGUAUUGCAGUUAGAAUGUUAAUCUCCCACGUUAAAAUUAGUGUAGUUAGUUAGUUACAUAGGUUAAAAAGAGACAUGUGUCCAUCAAGUUCAGCCUUCCUCACAUUUAUUUUUGCUGUUGAUCCCAAAGAAGGCAAAAACAAACAGUUAGAAGACCUUCCAAUUUUGCAAUAAACUAGGAAAAAAAAAAAUCCGCUUGACCCCAGAAUGGCAGUCAGAUUGUAUCCUUGGAUCAAAAAAGCUAUUACCCUACAUUGAAAAAUUAUAUCCUUGAAUAUUCUGUUUUUGCAAGUAUGUAUCUAGUUGCUGUUUUUUUUUAUUUUUUAUAAUUCUUUAUUUUAUUUGUGCAUAUGAUUAACAGAUGGGUUUGCUUUGCCACAACAACAGGAGCAAACUGAACGUUACACACGUAAGAACAAUAUUAUGGCAUUGUUAGAUUAUCAGGAUAAACAUAAAUGUCUUAGCAUAAUGUAGUACAGGGUGGACAACAAGGUUAGGUGAUAACUUGUCAUGCCAGGUAAAAUUCUCUUAAUAAUGCAUAUUGGCUGUUACUGUAAUAUUCUUUUUUUUUUUUUUUUGGUAAAUAAGAGUUUUAUUGAAUUUUCACAAAUGCGUAAGAUAUGACAUUCAAGAACAAAGUGUAUAAGCAUUAGUGAACGAUAAUGUUUUUUUUUUUUAAAAAAGGAAGCUUGCAGGUCUCCCGACAUUUGGUAAUAAUGUGGACCACGCAGGAUUCCUCAUCAAUUUGCUUUUUACCCAUCAAAGCAAGGUCAUAGAAGGUAUAGAUUCUCCCAUGAGAACUGUUUAUUUUUUUAUUUUAUUUUUUUUUUUUUUUAGGGCUCCGGUUAGCGUCGGGGGUGUAUUGGUCGAGCGGGUACUGUUCCGGGUUGUGAGGGUUGGGUGGUUUCUGGUAUCGUGGUAUAGUGUUCUUGGGUAUUGGGCGUUUGGGUAAUCUUGUCGGGUUGGUUCAUCCCUUGUCCGGUGUGUGCUGGUCGUGGUGGGUCUUUUGUGGGUGCUGUGGUGUGUAGUCUGUCUCCUAAGGGAGGUGGCGUUUCUGCGAGUGUAGGUUGCAUUCUCAAGUCAGCCUGUCAGCAGUGGGUCAUGUAUUUUAACGUGUGUUGUGGGGGGCGGGUGGGAUGGGAAUGUAGGUUAAUGGGGUGAGGGCAUUGCGGGUGAGGGUAGGGUGCGAGAGGGUAGGGGGUGGGGUGUCAGGUCCCGGGUCCCCACCCCAACCCGCCCCUGUGGCCCGGGGCAUCUCCGGCUCCACAUGGUCGUCUUGGUUUGGUUGGGUCGUUAGUCCAGCUUCCGCAUUAUCGCCAGUCGGUUCCGUCAGGACCGUCCCGUCUGCCUCCACUGCCAGGUGUUGUGUGGCCCCCGUAAUUGGUGUGGUGGAGGCGAGCCAUUGGAGCCAGUGGUACCACGCAUCGUGGUAACGCUGUAUGCGUCCCGCUGCGGAGUGGAUGAGCUCCUCGAUGCGUCUGAUGUCUUCCACCCUUGUUAUCCAUUCCCUGAUAGUCGGGGCCAUGCGUUGUUUCCAGUGUCCCGGGAUGAGGCUGCGGGCUGCGUUUAUUAGGUGUGGGAGUGCCGUUUUUUUAAACCUGUUGAUGGGGAUCUGUGUAAGUUGGAGCAGGUAUGUUUCUGGUGAGAGGGGCAGAUUUGCUUCUGUUAUGGUUGUGAGUAUCUUGUGGAUCUCUGCCCAAAAGGGCUGGAUAAGGGGGCAGGACCACCAUAGGUGGAAGAGGGAUCCCAGUUCUCUCCCGCAUCUCCAGCAUUCCGGGUCAUUUGUGGUUUUCAUCAUGCUAAGUUUUUCCGGUGUCCUGUACCAGUGGGAGAGCAUUUUAUAUCCUGUUUCUUGGAAUUUGGUGGAGAUGGAGGCUUUAUGUGUGAGUGUAAACACCGUUGUCCAUUGUUCCGUUGAAAUUGAGUGUCCUAGAUCCCUUUCCCAGUAUUUUGUGAAGUAAGGGAGGGGUGCGUUAGUGGUGGUGGUGGUUUGCAUGCGAUAUAGUAGCGAUAUUGCGUGUGGGGGGGGGGGUUCAUGCAUAUGGUUGCCGAAUUUAGGGUCGGUAUGCUUCUCAGAAACCUCGUCAGUUGGUGAUAUCUAAAGCGUAGGAGCAUAUUGUGUGGGGUAUUCGGGACCAGGGUGGUCAGGGGCGUGAUUGUGCCUUGGUCAUAGACGUCCCUUGGUCAUAGACGUCCUUCAGUCUGCAGGGGGUCGGCAGGCCUAGGGCAGCCGUGUAGUGGGGGUCUGAUGCAGGGAUAAAUUUCGGGUUGUGAGAUAUUGGGCAUAGUGGUGAGAGCUCCGGGGCUACGUCUGUGUGGGUCGCCAGUCUCCUCCAAACUGCCAUUGUAGCGUUUAGGGUUGGGUGGUUCCGUGGCAGUUCCCCGGCCAUGGAUUUCGGCAGCCAGGGUAGCAGCGUCAGGGGUAUCCGUGAGAAGCUGGCCUCUAUGGGGAUCCAUAGCUUGUCUUUCGGGUCUUGUGUCCAUUCGAUCACUCGCUGGAGGUGUAUAGCAUGUCUAUAUUUCGUGAUAUCGGGUAGUCCCAAGCCUCCCUGUAGUUUGGGUCUGGUGAGGGUGGCGAAAUUCAGCCUCGGCGUUUUGCGGGCCCAGACGUAGGCCAUCAGUGUUUUACGGGUUUGUGUUAGGAAGGUUUUGGGAAUAUGGAUUGGUAGGGUUUGUAGGAGAUACAGGAUUCGGGGGAGGAAAUUCAUUUUGAGGACACUGAUCCUACCCAGCCACGUAAUGUGCGGGAGUUGCCACGAGUCGAGGUCCUUCUGUAUUCGGUCGAGGAGGGGUGGGAAGUUGAUGCGGUAGGUGUCCGACACAUCAGCCGACAACCAGAUCCCUAAGUAUUUAAUCCUUUCUUUGCACCAGUGAAAAGGGAACUCUGUUUGCAGUGCAGUUGUCAGUGCUAGGGGGCAGUUUACGUUGAGAAUUUCAGAUUUCGUAAAGUUAAUUUUCAAGUUGGAGAGGGUGCCGUAUAGGUCGAAUUGGUGCGUGAGCUCCCUAAGGGAGGUUGCCGGGUUGGUGAUUGUGAAGAGGAGGUCGUCCGCGUAUGCAGAGACCUUGGUGGCUCCCCAGCUACCCUCGAUUCCAGUUAUGCGGGGUUGGGCUCGAACUGCAUUGAGGAAUGGUUCCAGGCUGAUGGCAAAGAGUAGGGGCGAUAGGGGGCACCCUUGUCUAGUGCCGUUUCUGAUCUCAAAUGGGUCGGAGAGAAUCCCAUUAACCUGCACCCGGGCUGCUGGAGCGGUAUAUAGGACCAAGAUGCGUGCCAUCAUGUGGGGUCCCAGUCCCAGGUGUUCCAGGGUGGACCUCAGGAAAGACCAAUCGACACUGUCGAACGCCUUCUCCGCGUCGGUCGAGACUAUCAGGGCGGGGGAGUGUCCUUCUCGGGCCGCGUGGAGAAGAUUGAGUGUCUUGAUAGUGUUGUCCCUGGCCUCCCGGCCCUCCACAAAGCCCACCUGGUCAGGGUGGAUAAGGCUCGGUAGCAGGGGCUGGAAGCGCAGGGACAGUAUUUUGGCAAACAGUUUGAGGUCGGAGUUCAACAGGGAAAUCGGUCUGUAACUGGUACAUGAGGAGGGGUCUUUUCCCUCUUUUGGGAUUACCACGACAUGUGCUAGGAGCAUGUUGGGGUCUAAGGGGCCUCCGCUGUGUAUUGAGUUGAAUAGUGUAAGUAGGUGUGGGACAAGGUUGUCUGCGAACAUUUUGUAGUACUUUGCCGUGUAUCCAUCUGGUCCGGGGCUUUUCCCCAGUUUGGCCAGUUUGAUGGCUAGGCGUAUCUCCGCUUCAGUGAUAUCUUCUUCUAGUGUAGCUAUAUCUUGGGGUGUCAGCGUUGUAGUGAUAUUCUGUUCGAUAUAUGUUUUUUGCCGUGCUGUGUAAGCUUCCUCUCCUUCGUGUGUGCGUGUGGUGUUGGGAGGUAGGCAGUAUAGGGAGGAGUAGUAUUGUCUGAAGCCCUCUGCUAUAGCCUUCGGGGUCUGCAGUGUGUUUCCUGCCAGGGAGAUCCUUUGAACAUGGUUUUUCUGUCUCCGGGCCCUCAGUGCCCUAGCGAGCAGUUUACCACUUUUGUUUCCGUAUUCGUAGAACGUUUUUUGUUGGAACUGGAAUUGUAUUUUUGACGUUAGGCAGGAGUUGAGUUUCGCUCUGGUCUCUAGGAGUUGUUUGUAGGUUUCGUCUCGGAGGUCUUGUUUGUGAAGCGUUUCUAGACGCGCCAGUUGGGCAGCGAGGCGUGCUAUUUCUUGUGUGCGUUGUUUUUUCAGGCGAGUGCCGUGUUUAAUGAGGAUCCCUCGGAUAGCGCAUUUGUGUGCUUCCCAGACGGUCGUUGGUGCGCUUUCUGUUGUUUGAUUGGUGAGGAAGAAGUGAUCUAGAGUGUUCCUAAUUUCUGUUUGGAUCAGUGGGUCCUCUAAGAGUGAUUCAUUAAGUUUCCAUGUCCAUUGGGAUCGGAAGGUUCUAGGAUUGUCGAUGGUGAGUAUUACUGGUGCGUGGUCCGACCAGGUCAUGGGGGCGAUGUGAGCUGAGCACAGUGUGUCUAGAUCCCUGUGUUGGAUGAAGAAGUAGUCAAUCCUCGAGUAGGAUUUAUGUGGCGCUGAAUAAUAGGUGUAGUCUUUCUCUGCGUGGUGUAGGAUUCGCCAGCAGUCUACGAGUUGGUGAGCUGUCAAAAGGGUCCGCAGUCCUCUGAGGACGUGGUCCGGGAUCGUGGAGCUCCCUUUAGAUGUGUCCAUCUUGGGGUCUAGAGGGGCGUUGAGGUCCCCUCCUAUUAUGACGGUUCCUGCACUGAACGCCUCCAAGUUUCUCAGGGCUGAGGCUAGGAAUGGUUUUUGGCCUUUGUUUGGGAGGUAAAGGUUCGCGAGUGUGAUUUGAGCGUCACCUAUGUGUCCUUUGAGAAAAAGGUAUCUGCCUUCUCGGUCUUUCUCUUCUGCUUCCAGGCGGAACUGGGUGUCUGCCGAGAAUAAUAUGGCCACCCCCUUGGAUUUAGUGGAGGGGUUAUGCGCAUAGUAGCCAGUUGGGAAGUAUUUGUUUGAGAAUUUGGGGGCUUUUGUUGCUAGAAAGUGUGUUUCGUGGAAGAAAGCUAUUGAUAUCUUGAGUGCUCGAAUUUCUCGCAGCGCUCUUGCUCGUUUUUGUGGGGAGUUCAGGUCUAGUUGCUGUUUAAACAUCUGUACAAACUCUGAUAAAACCACUUCUUCAGGCAGAGAAUUCCAUAUCCUUAUUUUUCUUAAGUUAAAAAAACCUUUCCUUUGCCUUAGACAAAAUCUUCUUUCUAAGCGCAUGACCUUGUGUUCUAUGUAAAGUCCUGUUUGUGAAUAGAUUUCCACACAAUGGUUUGUAUUGGCCCCAGAUAUAUUUGUAUCAUGAUAUCAUAUCCCCUCUCAGGCAAUGUUUUUCUAAACUAAAGAGAUUUAAAUUUGUUAACCUUUCUUCAUAGCUAAAAUGUUCCAUUCCUUUUAUUAAUUUUGUAGCCUGCCUCUGCACUCUUUCCUGUGCCACAAUAUCCUUCUUUAGAACAGGUGCCCAAAAUUGCACAGCAUAUUCAAGAUGUGGUUUUACCAUCUAUUUAUAAAGAGGCAAAAUUAUAUUCUCAUCCCGAGAAUGAAUGCCCUUUUUCAUGCAUGGCAAUACCUUACUGGCCUUAGCCACUGCUGAUUGACAUUGCACAUUGUUGCAUGGUUUGUUGUCUAUGCCAAUUCCCAAGUCCUCCUCAUGUGUUGUCAUUCCAUUAAGGGUAUAAGUUGCUUGUGCAUAACUUUGCAUUUUUCUACAUUAAAUUUAAUCUUCCAUUUGAGUGCCCAGUCCCCCCGUCUAUCUAAAUUCCUCUGCAACAAAGUAAUAUCUUGCUCACAUUUUAUUGCUUUGCAGAUUUUUGUGUCAUCUGCAAACACUGAAACUUGACUUUUAAUGCUUUUGUCAAGAUCUUUUAUAAACUUAUUAAAUAGAAGGGGUCCCAGAACAGAAUCUUGAGGGACACCACUUGCCACCUCUGUCCAGCUUGAAAAUUAACCAUUAAUGACAACUCUUUGUACUGUAUUUUUAAGCCAAUGUUCUACACAAGAACAAGAAUUUUCAUCCAAUUUCCAAUUUCUUUGAGUUUGAACACUAAUCUAUUGUGUGGAAUGGUAUCAAAUGCCUUGGCAAAAUCCAAAUAGAUCACAUCCACUGCAACACCAUGAUCUAUACUUCUACUUACGUCUUCGUGGAAUGCAAUCAAAUUAGUUUGACAUGACCUGUGCUUCAUAAAACCAUGCUGAGAACCACUUUCUUCUCAAGGAGUUAUUGAAUAUUAUCCCUUAAUAACCUUUCAAAUACUUCCCCAGCCACAGAAGUUAAGCUCACAGGUCUAUAAUUUCCAGGCAAGGAUUUUGAACCAUUUUUUUUCAAUAUAGGAACCACAUCCGCCUUCCUCCAAUCCUCCGGAACACUUCCUGAAAGAAAAUAAUCUUAAAAGAUUAAAAACAGAGGUUCACUUAUUUCCACACUUAGUUCCUUAAGUACUCGUGGAUGAAUACCGUCAGGCCCUGGAGCUUUGUUUAUGUAAACUUUCUUUAUUUGCUGCAGCACUUUGUCUUGAGUUAGCCAGUUACAAUUUUUCUGCACGUUUUUUGCAGCAAUCAUUUGCAUCUCUAUUGUCAUAGGUUCUUCCUUAAUAUAUACAGACCCACUGAUAUUUGGGUACUAUGACAUAGUGGCGGGCUUAACACGAUAUUGCCAUAUGGAGUAACUGAAUCCCCAUAGGUGAUUUUAAGUAGCCUUGUAAAAUGUAAAACUGUAUUUUUGUUUCUGUGUGCUGUUCCUUAAUCUGUAUAAUGUUGAAAUGCAAACCUAAUUUUCUCUGAAAAGGCAGUGUUUACAUUAAAAUCCAUGCAGAGGUAUGCUAUAUUUACAACUGUAGCUGUAGUUUAGACAUGUGCAAUUCGUUUCGGUCCGAAUUCGAAUUCGGACGAAUUUCGGGCAAUUCGGACGUUCGGAUACUUCCGAAUGUCCGAAUAGCUGAAUUCCCGAAGUUCCAAAGUGCCGAACCGAAUGGCCGAAGUCCCGAAUUGCCGAAGUCCCGAUUUCGGAAUGCCGAACCGAACCGAAAUUUUUACCCAUGAACAUCCCUACUGUAGUUGUGCUGAUGACUACAGUGUCCCUUUAAGCUGUUUCAGAAUUGAAGUUCUUCUGUCCCCUUCUCACCUGCAUUAAAAAUGCAGAGUUUUGUCCAACCUGGACAGCAGUCUUUGACUAAGAGUGUUGGGGGCAGGUAAGGACACACUUAAGCACUUUUACACUAAUAUAAUUUAAAUAGAUAACUUACAUAUUGUCCACUGUACCCACAAUGCCAGCUUUGAAUAUGCUAGAAGAACCACAUAGAUACCAGUGCUGUUUAGGAACACAAUAGAUUAAAUUUAAACAUGUCAUCUAUUAUCAUCACAACUGGUCUAUAAAAAAUGGUAAAGUAAUCUUAAAGCCCCAAAAUUGUCAUUUAGUUUAGGGUUAGCAAAGCGAUAUUUGCAUAUUAAUUUUGAGAUGGUGUGAUUAACAAUUUAGAAACGGUUUGGUCAGAGGUUUAUAGGAUAAGUAGUUUAUGCUCCAAGAGAAAGACAAACCAUAUGGCUGUUUAAUUGACAGCCAGGUGGUGGAGCUCACACUCCAAAUUAACGAUCAUUAUGUCAGAAGAUAAUCAGCUGUGAAAAGAUAUUGUGCAUAAAUUGGUAUUACUUAAAGAGACACUAUAGGCACCCAAACCACUUCAUCUCAUGGAAGUGGUCUUGGUGCAGUGUCCCUGUCUCCUUAACUCUGCAAGUGAAAACAUUGCAGUUUUCAGAGACUGCCACUAGACUGCCUCUAGUGGUUGUCUCGCAGACAGCUACUAAAUGCGAUUUGUGGCUUUAUAUGGAGUUUAACUCCGGCGUCUUAAAAAUCCCCAUAGGAAAGAAUUUAUACAAUGCUUUCCUAUGAAAAAGGCUUAAUGCACCUACGGCAUUCGCUGCACAGGCACAUUAGGCUCCCCCAUCGCUGACGUCAGAGGAAAAGGAGAGCGAUCAAGCGCUGAAGGACCACCAGUAUAAUAACAGGUCGCAUGCUGAAUUGUUAAUUACCACAUUCAGGUGGCGUAACAAAACUGUUUUAGUGUAUAGAUCAUGCCCCUGCAGUCACACUGCUCAAUUCUGCCAUUUAAGAGUUACAUCACUUUGUUUCUGUUUAUGCAGCCCUAACUACAACUUCCCUGGCUAUGACUGACACAGCCUGCAUGAAAAAAAGGUUUAAUUUUCAAUCUGUGGUACUUACUUUAAAGGUUUGCAUCUUCUGCUCCGUAAAUUAAACUCUAAUUACAUACAGGAGGCUCCUGUAGGGCCUAGCAAGCUAUAAACAGAGCAGGAUAUAAUAAAUUAUACAUUAAACAGAAUUUGCAAUAAAGGAAGUAUAAACAUUAGAUGACUCUUUACAGGAUGUGUUUAGGAAGGCUGUGUAAGUCACAUGCAGGGAGAAGUGCCUAGGGCUGCAUAAACAAAGUGAUUUAACUCCUAAAUGGCAGAGAAUUGAGCAUUGAUACUGCAGGGGCAUAAUCUAUACACAAAAACUUCUUAAUUAAGCAAACGUUAUUUUGUGACUAUAGUGUCCCUUUAAGACAGGUAACAGUGCACAGCUUCAGUUAUAAUAGGGUGUGGAACAAUAUGGUUUCUGAAAUUGUCAGGUUACAGUUGAUAUGGAGAAUAGAACCAUAAGCAAAGGAGUACAAACACAAGAAAGCACCACUAAGUGUGUCCAAAAAUGUCUUAACUGAAGCCAGUUUUGUAUUCUUAACAUUAUAGUAUUCCUUUAACACCCCAGUGAAUAAAAAUUACAAGUUAUACUUAUUGGUGUAACGUUCCUCCAAUACAUGUAGAUAACAGACAUCCCAAGUCUCCAGGUAGUUCCGUGAGACUCCCGCAUUUUGAAUGCGGCUCCCUGACACCCGCAAUUCAUAUACAAUAUCCCGAAAAACACACACACAACCAGGGAGUCCUGAUCCCUGGUGGUCCCAGGCGGCGAGUUUAAAAGGCAGAGUCUAUCUCGAUUGGCGGAGCCUAGCAUGAGGGGUGUAACCUAGUGCUGCACUGCCCGCCGAUGCUCCUCUCUAUAUAGAGUGCCUGGGCGCUGUGCACCCCAUGUACCCACCCAGGAUUGGCUCUGUGGGUAUGAGUGGAAAUGAGGCCAUGGGCAGGGGUUUUCUGAGAAAUUUUAGGUGACUUACUGAUAACUAUUUAUGCAACUAAAAGUUAAUUUAAAACAAGAACAAUGUAUCUUAUUUACAUUGAUUUCUAAAGUCAUUUAUUGUAGUUUAAAAUAGACACGUUUCUAUGCUUUUAAUUGCUGUAGAGCUCUGUUAUUCACGCAGACGCACCAACAAUAUGGAACUCCCAGAGAAGGGGGACAGAGAGAUUUGGGCCAAAAAUAGGGACUUUCUAAAUAGGGACACACCAGAGGUAUGCUGUCUAUAUGCACCACACCUCUUGUGUGUCCUUCUUUAGGAAGUCCCUAAAUAAAUACUUGGGAGGCCAGUGCCCUCUCUUAAUUGUCUUUAAAAUGGAAAAGCAGUUUAUGCCCCACUGAGGCACAACUAUGGGACAAACCUAAUUAUACUUAUAACGUUAUGUCUGCACUCUAAGGGAUCCCUGGGGUUGACUUGCUCAGCAAUCCCCUUUAGAUUCCUCAUGUUUUUGUAAGUUAUACCUUCAUGUAUUAGUUUGUGCUCAUGCCUUAGUUGAUGAAAUGCACUUUUAGUCAUACUUUGUAUUAUUUUAAUGUCUUUUAUUUAUGUCUGCUCGCCCUGUGGGUAGCAUGUUGUCUGAUGUCUUGACAGACUGAUCCAUUUUUGUAUUGCAUCCGUAAAAUUGAAUAAAAUUUGUUAUUUUAUAAAAAGAAUAAAAGGUAAAAAAAACAAAACAACAUUUCCAUCUUUGUUUAAAACAAACAAACAAAAAACUGCUGGUAGUGUUUCUUUAAGUGGAAACUCAGUCAGUAUCACAGAGGUCAUUAGUACUGUGCACUGGAGGUAGGCCUGCCAGGCAUCAGAGGCGAUUUCGAGCUAUGUGGCAAUCAGUGAAGCACAAUGUAAUGCUGCUGAAAUGUCAGAGGCGUCAGUUUUAAUGUGAUAAUUUGUUUCAUUACUAGGCUAUUCAUUCAGAACUUUCCAAACUGGUGAGGAGACAAAAAGGGCAGACUGAAAACAUAAAAUCCCCUAUGAAACCUAAACCCAAAGCUCAUCUAAAGCUUAGAGAUGACUUAAAUCCGCUUAUUCGUCACAACACCAAGCAGAGGGUAAGUUCAAUGUCUUUACUGCCUGGAGCCUCAAUUUCGUUUUUUGUGUUUGAUCAGCUCAUGUUUGUUGCACUAAAAUAAUUCUAGUAAGAACUCUUUGGCGUCUCGACUAAGUUUUACUAAUCAGUCUCCUGCAGCGUGUUUUCCAUUACAAAUAGAUAGUCACAAAUUACACUGAACAAAGUUAUAAACGCAACACUUUUAUUUUUGCCCCCAUUUUUCAUGAGCUGAACUCAAAGAUCUAAGACUUUUUCUAUGCGCACAAAAAGCUUAUUUCUCUCAAAUAUUGUUCACAAAUCUGUCUAAAUCUGUGUUAGUGACCACUUCUCCUUUGCUGAGAUAAUCCAUCCACCUCACAGGUGUGGCAUAUCAAGAUGCUGAUUAGACAGCAUGAUUAAUGCACAGGUGUGCCUUAGGCUGGCCACAAUAAAAGGCCGCUCCAAAAUGUGCAGUUUUACUGUACUGGGGGAUUCUGGGGCGAGGGGUCAGAAAACCAGUCAGUAUCUGGUGUGACCACCAUUUGCCUCACACAGUGCAACACAUCUCCUACGCACAGAGUUGAUCAGGUUGUUGAUUGUGGCCUGUGGAAUGUUGGUUCACUCCUCUUCAAUGGCUGUGCGAAGUUGCUGGAUAUUGGUAGGACCUCAAACAUGCUGUUGUAUAUGCCGAUCCAGAGCAUCCCAAACAUGCUCAAUGGGUGACGUGUCCGGUGAGUAUGCUAGCCAGGGACGUAUUAGCCGCGAGGCAAACAAGGCAUUUGCCUUGCGCGGCAUUUUUCAGGGGGCGGCAAAAAACGCUGCCCCCCAAAUGCCCAGGGCAAAUGCCUAGUUAGCCUUGCGGCUAACUGACAUCCCGAGCGGGCGGGCGGCUGACGAGGGAGCUCUUCCUCUGAGCUGACUGCUCAGCUCCCUCGCGCGCCGCAAAGUGAGGCUGGGAGCCAGAAGAUGACGUCAUAUUCCGGCUCCCAGCCUCACUCUGCGGGCGGCGCGCGAGGGAGCUGAGCAGUCAGCUCAGAGGAAGAGCUCCCUCGUCAGCCGCCCGCACAGCAGCCAGAGCCACCCAGCCCAACCGGCAGCCACUGGACCACCAGGGAGAAAGAGACCCUCCCCCCCCCAGCACUCCCAAAGGUAAGGAGGUUGGGGGGGGAUUUAAAUUUAAAAAAAAGUUAAUGUGUGUGUGUGUCUGACUGUGUGUGUUUGUGUCUGACUGUGUGUGUUUGUGUCUGACUGUGUGUGUGUGUGUGUGUGUGUCUGACUGUGUGUGUGUGUGUCUGACUGUGUGUGUGUGUCUGACUGUGUGUGUGUGUUUGUGUCUGACUGUGUGUGUGUGUGUGUGUGUGUCUGACUGUGUGUGUGUUUUGUCUGACUGUGUGUGUUUGUGUGUGUGUGUGUUUGUGUCUGACUGUGUGUGUGUUUGUGUCUGACUGUGUGUGUGUUUGUGUGUGUGUGUGUUUGUGUCUGACUGUGUUUGUGUGUGUGUGUGUGUUUUGUGUCUGACUGUGUUUGUGUCUGACUGUGUGUGUUUGUGUCUCACUUUGUGUGUUUGUGUCUGACUGUGUGUGUUUGUGAGUGUGUGUGUGUGUGUUUGUGAGUGUGUGUGUUUGUGUCUGACUGUGUGUUUGUGAGUGUGUGUGUUUGUGUCUGACUGUGUGUGUCUGACUGUGUGUGUGUGUGUCUGACUGUGUGUGUGUGUGUCUGACUGUGUGUGUGUGUGUUUUUGUCUGACUGUGUGUGUUUUUGUCUGACUGUGUGUGUUUGUGUCUGACUGUGUGUGUGUGUGUUUGUGUCUGACUGUGUGUGUGUGUAUUUAGAAGGUGGGGCGGGGGGGAAGGGUUGGGUGGGGGUGGCGCAGGGGUAGGGGGGCGCCUGAGUUUUGUCCUGCCUAGGGCAGCACAAAACCAGGAUACACCACUGAUGCUAGCCAUGUCAGAACAGUGAUGUUUUCAGCUUCCAGGAAUUGUGUACAUAUCCUUGCAAUAUGGGGCCUUGCAUUAUCAUGCUACAACAUGAGGUGAUGGUCGAGGAUGAAUGGCACAACAAUGGGCCUCAGGAUCUCGUCACGGUAUCUCUGUGCAUUCAAAAUGCCAUCAAUAAAAUGCACCUGUGUUCGUUGUCCAUAACAUACGCCUGCCCAUACCAUAACCUCACCACCACCAUGGACCACUCGAUCCACAACAUUGACAUCAGCAAACCGCUCACCCACACAAUGUCAUACACGCUGUCUACUGGGAUUCAUCCGUGAAAGAACACGUCUCCAAAGUCCCAGACGCCAUCGAAUGUGAGCAUUUGCCCACUCAAGGCGGUUACGACAAUGAAGUACACUCCGAUCGAGACCCCGAUGAGGUCGACGAGCAUGCAGAUAAGCUUCCUUAAGAUGGCUUUUGACAGUUUGGGCAGAAAUUAUUUGGUUAUGCCAACAGAUUGUUGCAGCAGCUGUCUGGGUGGCUGGUCUCAAACGAUCUUGGAGGUGAAGAUGCUGGAUGUGGAGGUCCUGGGCUGGUGUGGUUACAUGUGGUCUGCGGUUGUGAGGCCGAUUGGAUGUACUGCCAAAUUCUCUGAAACGCCUUUGGAGACUGCUUAUGGUAGAGAAAUGAACAUUCACAGGCAACAGCUCUGGUGGACAUUCCUGCAGUCAGUAUGCCAAUUGCACAUUCCCUCAAAACUUGCGACAUCUGUGGCAUUGUGCUGUGUGAUAAAGCUGCACACUUUAGAGUGGCCUUUUAUUGUGGCCAGCCUAAGGCUUGGCAAAAGAGAAGUGCUCACUAACACAGAUUUAGACAGAUUUGUUAAUAAUAUUUGAGAGAAAUAGGCCCUUUGUGUACAUAGAAAAAGUCCUAGAUCUUUGAGUUCAGCUCAUGAAAAAUGGGGGCAAAAACAAAAGUGUUGCGUUUAUAAUUUUUAGUGUAAAAAAAAUGGAAGGACAUUUACUAUUGUCUUUGGCAGAUAAGAGGUUAAAAGUAAAGCCUCACAUUUUUAUUUUAACUUAUAUUUUAUUAUCUAUAUUGAUAAAUUAAUAAUUAGAUCUAUAUUGAUCUAAUUCAUAUAAAAAUAAGCUUAUUAAAGGACCACUAUAAUGCCAGGAAAACAUACUUGUUUUCCUGGUUGUAUAGUGCCCUGAGGGUGCCCCCACCCUCAGGGUCCCCCUCCUGCCCGGCUCUGGGGAAAGGAAAGGGGCAAAACUUACCUUUUUUCCAGCACCGGGCAGGGAGCUCUUCUCCUCCUCUCCGCCUCCGAUCCUCCCAUUCGGCUGAAUGCGCACUCGUGGCAUGAGCUGCGCGCGCAUUCAGCCGGUCUCAUAGGAAAGCAUUCAUAAUGCUUUCCAAUGGACACUUGCGUGUUCUCACUGUGAUUUUCACAGUGAGAAGCACGCAAGCGCCUCUAGCGGCUGUCAAUGAGACAGCUGCUAGAGGAUUUGGAGGAUGGAUUAACCCAUUUAUAAACAUAGCAGUUUCUCUGAAACUGCUAUGUUUAUAAAAAAAUGGGUUAAUCCUAGAGGGACCUGGCACCCAGACCACUUCAUUAAGCUGAAGUGGUCUGGGUGCCUAGAGUAGUCCUUUAAUAAUAUUGGCUUUUAUCCAUUACAAGGUGCACCUUCUCAAUGCAAUGCAAUUUUACACCCAUACCUGACCUUAAAGACUUGAAAGAGGAUAAUACUUCUGAUUCCUUGCCUCAACUAAAAGGAAAAGUAGUGUAGUAGGAACCAGUAGGAAGUUAAAAGUUAAAGCCCCUGCAUUCCUGCCAGCGCCAUCCAAACUCCACAGUCGCUACACCUGGCUGGGUGACAAUCUGGACAGUGGCCUAGUAUUGCGUGUCCUCCUCAGACCAGGUUUAGUACUUCUGAGAUCUUCCGAUCAGUCCAAUGGUGGGUAUUCCCUUAGUAGUGCUGGACCUUUACUUACAUAACUCAAUGCAUACUCGUUUUCCUGGCACUAUAGUGCCCUGAGGGUGCCCUGCUGCCCGGCUCUAGGGAGAGGAAAGGGGUUAAAACUUACCUUUUUCCAGCGCUGGGCGGGGAGCUCUCCUCUUCCGAUCCUCCUCCGAUCCUCCCAUUUGGCUGAAUGCGCACUCGCGGCAUGAGCUGCGCGCGCAUUCAGCCGGUCUCAUAGGAAAGCAUUCAUAAUGCUUUCCAAUGGACGCUUGCGUAUUCUCACUGUGAUUUUCACAGCGAGAAGCACGCAAGCGCCUCUAGCGGCUGUCAAUGAGACAGCUGCUAGAGGCUUUGGAGGAAGGAUUAACCCAUUUAUAAACAUCUAUAUUGAUCUAAUUCAUAUAAAAAUAAGCUUAUUAAAGGACCACUAUAAUGCCAGGAAAACAUACUUGUUUUCCUGGUUGUAUAGUGCCCUGAGGGUGCCCCGACCCUCAGGGACCCCCUCCCGCCGGGCUGGAUGGUGAGGAAAGGGGUUAAACUUACCUUUAUUCCAGCGCUGGGCGGGGAGCUCUCCUCCUCCUCUCCGCCUCCGAUCCUCCUCUUCGGCUGAAUGCGCAUGCGCGGCAAGAGCUGCGUGCAUUCAGCCAGACGCUGGCGCCUUCUCACUGUGUGUUUUUCACAGUGAGAAGCAUGCAACCGCCUCUAGCGGCUGUCAAUGAGACAGCCACUAGAGGCUUUACAGGCUGGAUUAACCCAUUUAUAAACAUAGCAGUUUCUCUGAAAUUGCUAUGUUUAUUAAAAAAACGGUUAAUCCUAGCUGGACCUGGCACCCAGACCACUUCAUUAAGCUGAAGUGGUCUGGGUGCCUAGAGUGGUCCUUUAAUGCACAAUUUAACAAAGAUAUUUGAUAAAAAGAAAGAACUUCAAAAAUUUUAUAUUUUUUGUAGACAAAAAAGUCCACUCAGUUUUGACAGUAUGUUUUAUUAAUACCUUAUUAAGUAAUAACAAUCACCACAUUUGUUUUGAAACUGUCACCAGCACUCUGAGCUUCUCAUUGCUAGCCAAGAGUGGAUGGCUAAUGUGUUAGAUCACUACUACAUUAGCCGAGCCACAGCAGAGGGCAAAAAGAGCCCUGAUUUUUCUCACAUCAUAUGAAAAUUGUUUGACAUGAACCAAGAAGAUAGCACCCAAAGACAUUUUGCACUAUAAUCAAUACAAAAAACUGUAGAGGUUAUGGUGCUUAGUGAGUCCCUUUAAAGAAAAACUCUUGCACCAUGACCACUAGUGGUCAUUGUAAAUAGCAAAACCAUUUACCAACAGUUUUACUUCUUACCUGGUCGGGCAUUGCUCCCUGUCUCUCAGAGAGCCAGAAGUUCACUUCCUAAGUUAAGCCUGGGUGGCGCAGGGUAACAUACUGGAAGAGAAGGGGCAGGAAGUGGCGUCUUGCGGACCUCAAGCAAGAAAUCAAACCAUUAGAAAAUAGUUUGACUACUAACGUUGGGGUGCACCAUACCACUUCUGGCACCAUAACCACUACAGCACUCUGUAGUGAUAAUAGUGCUUAAAGUGUUACUUUUAAUAAUUAAUAUUGCAACGGGAGGUGGGGUGGGGGUGAUAUAUAUAUAUAUAUAUAUAUAUAUACACAAACUCCAACUCCCUAUAGUACUGGUCAGUUGUGCCAUGGCCCUAUUAAGAUAUCUGUCACUGUAGUCCUGUUAAAGGGGGCCACUUCUCCUGAUUUUUAAUAUUUGGUUUACCCAUACCUAUAUUUAACAAGAAUGUAUUUAUUAGGUGUAAAAAUAAAUGUAAAUGUAGAAACCCACAUCCUACACAUGAAUUGUUCUAUCAACCAUCGUUGUUCUUUGCACCUGGCAGUGAGUAGAGAGAGAGAGAACAUACAGAGAAGAGGAGAAAUAAAACUAUUUCCUAUUUAUUUUCAGUGUGAUUUUUGCUAAAUCUUUUAUAUAAAUGUAAACCAAAAACAGAGCCUCUCAUGAAAAUGAAAAGGUUCACACAAGUUAUAGUUGGUAAACACUGUUUUAUUUAGUGGUGGAAAUUUAAGGGAAUUUACAGAAAAUUCCCAUGUAGAAUAUUACAUUAUCUAAAGUGGCUGUUGUGGCUAUGGUGCAUAGAGUGCGCUUUCAAAACGCCAUUAUCCAUAGCCUUAGCAACCCAGCAAGAGCAAGCAAGCAUACUGGCAGUCUCUGACACUGGAUACAUACUUAUAUAGUUACAUUUUCCCCAAAUCUGAAAGAUUCUAUUUGUUCAGUUAUUCAGUUUCUGCCUCCAUUAGUGUGCACUCAUUUACCUUCAAUAUGUUUCAUCAUCUUUUUUUCCCUUCAGGAUGGUAACAAGAUACUGGUGAUUGGAGCGAUGGUUGCUGCUCUAUUAAGCCUACUGACAGCUUUCAUCCUCAUGCAAGCAAACUGAAUGGAUUUUAUUAUUUUUUCUUCAAUAUGGCGCCAACAUAUUCCACAGCGCUGAAAAAUCUAUGGACAAUGCCUAAUACAGUUGGAUCUAUUUUUCACUGUAUUUUAAUGAAAUCAGUUUAUUUCUUAAGUUGAGGUUUCCAUAUGUUUAUCAGAAAAGUUCAGGUCAGACUUUGUGAACUGUAAGGUACAGUUACAUGAGAUUAUCCCAUAGGGUUAUUCGUAAAAGUGAGAACUGUUGGGAAAUCAAAGUGAAGGAGACCCUAUAAUCACCCAAAAAACUUUAGCUUAAUGAAGCAGUUUUGGUAUAUAGAUCACGCCCCUGCAGUCUCACUGCUCAAUUUUCUGUCAUUUAGGAGCUAAAUCACUUUUUAUGCAGCCCUAGUUCCACCUCCCUUCUUGUAACAUGAACAGCCUUCCUAAACACUUCCUAUAGGGAGAUCUAAUGUUUACACUUCCUUUAUUGCACAGUCUGUUUAACCCAUUAACCACAGAGGCAAUUGUCCAAGUUCUGAACCAAAACAAAACCUGGAAUUUGAGCUAUAUGUCUGUAAAACCAUAAUUUACCUCUUUCAUAUUAAGUGCACCCUCACUAUCACUAUCCUUUUGUUCAGGAGAAAUAGUGAAAUAUAAUUAAUAUGCAUAAAUUAAAAAAAAAGUGAGAAAUAACUGUGUCAUAAUACUGUUGGCUUUUACUUCAAUAAAAUGCACACAUUUGUAUAAAGUGAUAUCCCACUAGUUCAAUGAUGCUCCCCGGGUACAGGUUUAUUGGGGUUUUGGAAAGUUACAGGGUCAAAUAAAGAGCUUGCCCAUUUCAGUUUUUACUCGUUGUAAUUUGCCUGAUUGUUUUGCUGGGCCUAUGUUGCCUUUGAGACCAUAUGGCAGCCCAGGAAUAAAAAUUCCCUCCCAUCAUGGCAUACCAUUUGCAAAAGUAAACAACACAGGGUAUUCAAAAUCAAGUCUUUUUUUAGUAGCCACUUAGUCACAAACCCUGCCCAAAGUUAGUGUUCAUAUUUUUCUUUUUUGCAUUUUUCAAACAAAAAAUCUGUUCAAUUGAUGAUAUAAUAGUAAUUAUACAUUUUACUGCUCUAAAACACUCGUACUUGUGAGACAUUGUUGAACACAAAUAUAACAGUACCCCCCAUGUACAGGUUUUAUGGGAUUUUAGAAUGUUACAGGGUCAAAUAUGGGAUUUGCAAAGUAAUUCUCUGAAAUUUCUGCUUGGGUUGUCAGGCAGGGCCCCCUAUGUAUAAUUCACAAGAUUAAAAAACUAUAAAUAAACUUAAAGGCGAACUUAAAACCCUUCUUUUGUUGUACAUGAAAUGGUUAAUUUAGAAUUCCUUUUUUUCUCCUGCACUGUUAAUAACUUGCUAUACAUUGCAAGAGACUCCUGUGUGAGAUUAAAGUUCAAUUACAGAACAGGUGAUAAAUCCUUCUAAAGUAAGUUAACAUCUGAUUGAAAAUUAAGCAAUUUUUUUCAUGCAGGCUGUGUGAGUCAUAGCGAGGGAAGGUGUGGCUAGGGUUGCAUAAACAGAAACAAAAGUGAUUUAACGCUAAAGUUUAAACUAAAGUUGUUUUGGUGACUAUAGUGUCCCUUUAAGGCAAAAAUAGCUGAAGUUCUCAAAGUCAGCAAAGCUUCCAGUUCAGCUACUUUGGCCUUAAAUAUGAAAUUAACUUUGAAUUUCUGCCAAUUCUCACUUUACUGAAUAACUCUGGCAGUCUUCAUGCCUAAUGCAUCUAUAACAUAUUUAUUUCUAAUGAGAUUUAUAAAUAUUGGAUAACUGAGUGAAGCACACAAAUAUUUAUGAGAUAGUAGAAAUAAUUUUAUUUAUAAAUAUUUUUUGUUUUAUAAAGAAUAUUGUGUUUAUAUGCGAAUAAUG